AUGCCAUCCUGGAGGCUCCGGCACCUCAUGGCGCACUCCGUGCGGACCUUCAUGACCAUGUGGCUCACCUUCAUCUGGAUCUCCCAGAUCAGACUGUCCCCCAGCUUCUUCAGGAACGCCUCAAUGUCCUUAGAGGAGGAGAGGAGGUCCUGCUUCUGGCCCAGCAGACCCUACAGAGUAACACAGAGAUAGGACUGUCAGCUCAUCUCUGAUUUACACUGGGUCGAGACCCUACAGAGUAACACAGAGAUAGGACUGUCAGCUCAUCUCUGAUUUACACUGGGUCGAUACCCUACAGAGUAACACAGAGAUAGGACUGUCAGCUCAUCUCUGAUUUACACUGGGUCGAGACCCUACAGAGUAACACAGAGAUAGGACUGUCAGCUCAUCUCUGAUUUACACUGGGUCGAGACCCUACAGAGUAACACAGAGAUAGGACUGUCAGCUCAUCUCUGAUUUACACUGGGGUCGUAUUCAUUAGUGCACCCCGUAGCAAAACGUUUUGGAAUGGACAAUGUUUUGCAAUAAAAAUGAGUUUCUUAUUGGAUGAGUUCAGGUAGUCCCUCCCCUUUUUGGUACAUUUUCUUCCCCCCUGGUUUCUAGUGAAUACGACCUUGAUGUGAUAAUUUCUGUUUGAAGUAAUCUAUUAAAUCAAAUCAAAUUUUGUCACGUGUGUCGAAUACAACAGGUGUAGACUUUACCGUGAAAUGCUUCCUGACGAGCCCUUAACCAACAACGCAGAGUUAAAAAGUAAGAACAAUUUGCUAAAAUAAAAAGGAAAUAGUAACACAAUAACAAUAAUGAGGCUAUAUUCAAGGAGUAGCAGUACUGAGUCAAUGAGCAGGGGUACCAGGUAGUAAUGAGGCUAUAUUCAAGGAGUACAUUUACAUUUUAGUCAUUUAGCAGACACUCUUAUCCAGAGCGACUUACAGUUAGUGAGUGCAUACAUAUUUUUUUUAAAUACUGGCCCCCCGUGGGAAUCGAAACCACAACCCUGUUCGCUGAUUCUCUCUAUAGGCCUAUACAGUUGAAGUCGGAAGUUUACAUACACUGAAGGUACCACGUUCAUCUGUACAAACAAUAGUAUGCAAGUAUAAACACCAUGGGACCACGCAGCCGUCACACCGCUCAGGAAGGAGACGCGUUCUGCCUCCUAGAGAUGAACGUAAUUUGGUGCGAAAAGUGCAAAUCAAUCCCAGAACAACAGCAAAGGACCUUGUGAAGAUGCUGGAGGAAACAGGUACAAAAGUAUCUAUAUCCACAGUAAAACGAGUCCUAUAUUAACAUAACCUGAAAGGCCGCUCAGCAAGGAAGAAGCCACUGCUCCAAAACCACCAUAAAAAAGCCAGACUACGGUUUGCAACUGCACAUGGGGACAAAGAUCGUACUUUUUGGAGAAAUGUCCUCUGGUCUAAUGAAACAAAAAUAGAACUGUUUGGCCAUAAUGACCAUUGUUAUGUUUGGAGGAAAAAGGGGGUGCUUGCAAGCCGAAGAACACCAUCCCAACCGUGAAGCACGGGGAUGGCAGCAUCAUGUUGUGGGGGUGCUUUGCUGCAGGAGGGACUGGUGCACUUCACAAAAUAGAUGGCAUCAUGAGGAAGGAAAAUGAUGUGGAUAUAUUGAAGCAACAUCUCAAGACAUCAGUCAGGAAGUUAAAGCUUGGUCGCAAAUGGGUCUUCCAAAUGGACAAUGACCCCAAGCAUACUUCCAAAGUUGUGGCAAAAUGGCUUAAGGACAACAAAGUCAAGGUAUUGGAGUGGCCAUCACAAAGCCCUGACCUCAAUCCUAUAGAAAAUGUGUGGGCAGAACUGAAAAAGCGUGUGCGAGCAAGGAGGCCUACAAACCUGACUCAGUUACACCAGCUCUGUCAGGAGGAAUGGGCCAAAAUUCACCCAACUUAUUGUGGGAAGCUUGUGGAAGGCUACCCGAAACGUUUGACCCAAGUUAAACAAUUUAAAGGCAAUGCUACCAAAUACUAGUUGAGUGUAUGGAAACUUCUGACCCCACUGGGAAUGUGAUGAAAGAAAUAAAAGCUGAAAUAAAUCAUUCUCUCUACUAUUAUUCUGACAUUUCACAUUCUUAAAAUAAAGUGGUGAUUCUAACUGACCAAUGACAGGGACUUUUUACUAGGAUUAAAUGUCAGGAAUUGUGAAAAACUGAGUUUAAAUGUAUUUGGCUAAGGUGUAUGUAAACCUCCGACUUCAACUGUACAUUUAACAUAAAGUACCAGCCAAAAGUUUGGACACACCAAGAAUCUAAACUAUAAAAUAUAUUUUGAUUUGUUUAACACUUUUUUGGUUACUACAUGAUUCCAUAUGUGUUAUUUCAUAGUUUUGAUUUCUUCACUAUUAUUCUACAAUGUAGAAAAUAGUAAAAAUAAAGAAAAACCCUGGAAUGAGUAGGUGUGUUACACUACACCUUUCAAAUGAGUGGAUUCCUUUGGUAUGAUGUUCUUACUGUGGAAUGCAGAGUUUGGUUUUCGCCAGGCAUUACUGGAACCAUGUCGUCCAAAAAGUUAUACUUUUGAAUCAUCUGUCCAUAGAACGUUCUUCCAAGAGUCUUGAUGAUCAUCCAGGUGCUUUUUGGCAAACUUGAGUCAACUUUUUGGACGAGAUGGGUCCCAUUAUGCCUGGCGAAAACCAAACACUGCAUUCCACAGUAAGAACAUCAUACCAAAGAUCAAGCAUGGUGGUGGUGGUGUGAUGGUUUGGGGAUGCUUUGCUGCCUCAGGACCUGGACGACUUGUCAAUUAUUUAUUCGGAACAGGUUAGAUUUUUUGCGUCUUUUCACAUGCGAAAAUAAGCUGUUGACCAAAAUAAAUUGUUAUCUGGGAACUUCCACUGACAGGUCUGUGGGUUCGUUGUGUGAAUUAAUGACUAAAUUAAUUUAUCUCUGCCUGUUUUUUAUGUUUGCAAUGAUUCAGUGCAGCAAAGUAUCAAUUUAGCCAAUGUGAUCACAUCACACCAGAGCUGCACAUCGUUCUGGUCAUUCAAACUUCCCCGCCAGUUCAAUGCUGUAGUCUAUUUUAUAUCCAAUCAGCAAGAGGAUCCAUCAAUGCUUCUCUCCUCCAAUAGGCCUAUUCGUUUUUUUGUUUAAAAAAAAAAUAAGAUUAACUAUUCUGAACAGAAAUAUAACGCAACAUGAGCUGAAAUAAAAGAUCCCAGACAUUUUCCAUACACACAAAAAAGCUUAUUUCUGGCAAAUUUUGUGCACAAAUUUGUUUACAUCCCUGUUAGUGAGCAUCUCUCCUUUGCCAAGAUAAUCCAUCCACCUGACAUGCUCAUUACACAGGUGCACCUUGUGCUAGGAACAAUGAAAGGCCACGCUAAAAUGUGCCGUUUUGUCACAACACAAUGCCACAGAUAUCUCAAGUUUUGAGGGAGCGUGCAAUUGGCAUGGUGACUGCAGGAAUGUCCACUAGAGCUGUUGCCAGAUAAUUGAAUGUUAAUUUCUCUACCGUAAGCCGCCUCCAAUGUUGUUUUGGAAAAUGUGGCAGUACAACCGGCCUCACAACCGCAGACCACGUGUAACCACGCAAGCCCAGGACCUCCACAUCCGGCUUCUUCACCUGCGGGAUCGUCUGAGACCAGCCACCCGAACAGCUGAUGAAACUGUGGGUUUGCACAAACUGUCAUAAACCGUCAUCUGCGUGCUCGUCGUCCUCACCAGGGUCUUGACCUGACUGCAGUUUGGCGUCGUAAAUUACUUCAGUUGGCAAAUGCUCACCUUCGAUGGCCACUGGCACGCUGGAGAAGUGUGUUCUUCACAGAUGAAUUCCGGUUUCAACUGCAUUGGGCAGAUGGAAGACAGCGUGUAUUGCGUCGUGUGGGCGAGCGGUUUGCUGAUGUCAACGUUGUGAACAGAGUGCCCCAUGGUGGCGGUGGGGUUAUGGUAUGGGCAGGCAUAAGCUACGGACAACAAACACAAUUGCAUUUUAUCGAUGGCAAUUUGAAUGGACAGAGAUACCGUGACGAGAUCCUGAGGUCCAUUGUCGUGCCAUUCAUCCGCCGCCAUCACCUCAUCUUUCAGCAUGAUAAUGCACGGCUCCAUGUCGCAAGGAUCUGUACACAAUUCCUGGAAGCUGAAAAUGUCCCAGUUCUUCCAUGGCCUGCAUACUCACCAGACAUGUCACCCAUUGAGCAUGUUUGGGAUGCUCUGGAUUGACGUGUAUGACAGCAUGUUCCAGUUUCCUGCCAAUAUCCAGCAACUUCGCACAGCCAUUGAAGAGGAGUGGGACAACGUUCCACAGGCCACAAUCAAUAGCCUGAUCAACUCUAUGCGAAGGAGAUGUGUCACGCUGAAUGAGGCAAAUCGUGGUCACACCAGAUACUGACUGGUUUUCUGAUCCACACCCCUACCUUUAAAAAAAAAAAAAGUAUCUGUGACCAACAGAUGGAUAUCUGUAUUCCAAGUCAUGUGAAAUCCAUAGAUUAGGGCCUAAUGAAUUUAUUUCAAUUGACUUAUUUCCUUAUAUGAACUUUAACUCAGUAAAAUAGUUUAAAUUGUUACAUGUUGCGUUUAAAUUUGUGUUAGUGUAUAUUGCUAUUAAUUGUCUAUAUAUAGGCUACUCGUUCAAGAACUAGAGAGAGGGGGAAGAGAUAGAACAGUGGAGUUACCAGUGGAGAUGUGUGAAGCUAGAGAGAGGGGGAAGAGAUAGAACAGAGGAGUUACCAGUGGAGAUGUGUGAAGCUAGAGAGAGGGGGAAGAGAUAGAACAGAGGAGUUACCAGUGGAGAUGUGUGAAGCUAGAGAGAGGGGAAGAGAUAGAACAGAGGAGUUACCAGUGGAGAUGUGUGAAGCUAGAGAGAGGGGAAGAGAUAGAACAGAGGAGUUACCAGUGGAGAUGUGUGAAGCUAGAGAGAGGGGGAAGAGAUAGAACAGAGGAGUUACCAGUGGAGAUGUGUGAAGCUAGAGAGAGGGGAAGAGAUAGAACAGUGGAGUUACCAGUGGAGAUGUGUGAAGCUAGAGAGAGGGAGAAGAGAUAGAACAGUGGAGUUACCAGUGGAGAUGUGUGAAGCUAGAGAGAGGAGGAAGAGAUAGAACAGUGGAGUUACCAGUGGAGAUGUGUGAAGCUAGAGAGAGGGGGAAGAGAUAGAACAGUGGAGUUACCAGUGGAGAUGUGUGAAUUGCGCAAGAAGGGAACAGUGAAGAAAACAGAGAGAUGUGUCAGUUAGAAGUUAAUUAAUAUAUUACUGCAUCUUUCGUAUAGCCUAUAUAUUAGCCUAUAUAUUAGCCUAUACAUUAGCCUAUAUAUUAGGGUAUAUAUUAGCCUAUAUAUUAGCCUAUACAUUAGCCUAUACAUUAGCCUAUCCAUUAGCCUAUACAUUAGCCUAUAUAUUAGCCUAUAUAUUAGCCUAUAUAUUAGCCUAUAUAUUAGCCUAUACAUUAGCCUAUAUAUUAGCCUAUACAUUAGCCUAUAUAUUAGCCUAUAUAUUAGCCUAUAUAUUAGCCUAUACAUUAGCCUAUAUAUUAGCCUAUAUAUUAGCGGCCUGCUAAAGUGAAUCUAGGGCUGAACCACGUGCUAUAUAGGCAACCCUAAAAGACAGUUGACCCUUAUCAGUAAGAUUUAGAUAAAGCACUCAAAUUCAAAUGUAGUGUCAACAUAACCACCCAUUGCUUCACUAAAAUGUAUCAAUGGCUGAUCAUUAGGCUAUGGACUAUUGUGGAGUAACUACAAUGUUGUUGCUCCAUCCUCAGUUUUCUCCUAUCACAGCCAUUAAACUCUGUAACUGUUCUAAAGUUCCAUUGGCCUCAUGGUGAAAUCCCUGAGCGGUUUCCUUCUUCUCCGGCAACUGAGUUAGGAAGGACGCCUGUAGCUUUGUAGUGACUGGGUGUAUUGAUACACCAUCCAAAGAGUAAUUAAUAGCUUCACCAUAGGGGCCUCCCGAGUGGCUCAGCAGUGUAAGGCACUGCUUCACUACAGCCUGGGGUUCGAUCCCAGGCUGUGUCACAACCGGCCGUGACUGGGAGUCCCAUAGGGCGGCGCACAAUUGGCCCAGCGUCGUCCAGGUUAGGGGAGGGUUUGGCCGGGAGGGCUUUACUUGGCUUAUCGCACCCCACAGACUCCUUGUGGCGGGCUGGGUGCCUGCAGGCUGACUUCGGUCGUCAGUUGACCUGUGUUUCCUCUGACACAUUGGUGCGGCUGGCUUCCGGGUUAAGCGAGCAGGUGUUAAGAUGCCCGGUUUGGCGGGUCAUGUUUCGAAGGACGCAUGACUCAACCUUCGCUUCUUCCGAUCCACUUGGGGAGUAUAUAGGUCCUGUUUGGCAGGAAGCUUGGCCUCGGUGAUGUACUGGGCCGUAUGCACUACCCUCUGUAACGCCUUACGGUCAGAUGCUGAGCAGUUGCCAUACCAGGCGGUGAUGCAACCGGUCAGGAUGCUCUCGAUGGUGCAGCUGUAGAACGUUUUGAGGAUCUGGGGACCCAUGCCAAAUCUUUUCAAUCUCCUGAGGGGGGAAAUAUGUAGUCGUGCCCUCUUCACGACUGUCUUGGUGUGUUUGGACCAUGAUAGUUUGUUGGUGAUGUGGACACCAAGGAAUUUGAAACUCUCGACCCUCUCCACUACAGCCCCGUCGAUGUUAAUGGGGGCAUGUUCGGCCCGCCUUUUCCUGUAGUCCACGAUGAGCUCCGUUGUCUUGCUCACAUUAAGGGAGAGGUUGUUGUCCUGGCACCACACGGCCAGGUCUCUGACCUCCUCCAUAUAGGCUGUCUCAUCGUUGUCGGUGAUCAGGCCUACCACUGUUGUGUCAUCAGCAAACUUAAUGAUGGUGUUGGAGUCGUGUUUGACCAUGCAGUUGUGGUUGAACAGGGAGUACAGGAGGGGACUAAGCAUGCACCCCUGAGGGGCCCCAUUGUUGAAGAUCAGCGUGGCAGACUGUUCAGAGGAGACUGCGUGAAUCAGGCCUUCAUGGUAGAAUUGCUGCAAAGAAACCACUACUAAAGGACACCAAUAAGAAGAAGAGGCUUGCUUGUGCCAAGAAUCACGAGCAAUGGACAUUAGACCGGUGGAAAUCUGUCCUUUGGUCUGAUGAGUCCAAAUUUGAGAUUUUUGGUUCCAACCGCGGUGUCUUUUGAGACGGAGAGUAGGUGAAUGGAUGAUCUCUGCAUGUGCGGUUCCCACCGUGAAGCAUGGGGGAGGAGGUGUGAUGGUGUGGAGGUGCUUUGCUGGUGACACUGUUGGUGAUUUAUUUAGAAUUCAAGGCACACUUAACCAGCAUGGCUACCCCAGCAUUCUGCAGCGAUACGCCAUCCCAUCUGGUUUGCGCUUAGUGGGACUAUCAUUUGUUUUUCAACAGGACAAUGACCCAAAACACACCUCCAUGCUGUGUAAGGGCUAUUUGACCAAGGAGAGUGAUGGAGUGCUGCAUCAGAUGACCUGGCCUCCACAAUCCCCCGACCUCAACCCAAUUGAGAUGGUUUGGGAUGAGUCGGACCGCAGAGUGAAGGAAAAGCAGCCAACAAGUGCUCAGCAUAUGUGGGAACUCCUUCAAGACUGUUGGAAAACCGUUCCUCAUGAAGUUGGUUGAGAGAAUGCCAAGAGUGCAAAGCUGUCAUCAAGGCAAAGGGUGGCUACUUUGAAGAAUCUCAAAUAUACAAAUAUUUUUUGAUUUGUUUAACACUUUUUUGGUUACUACAUGAUUCCAUAUGUGUUAUUUCAUAUUUUUGAUGUCUUCACUAUUAUUCUACCAUGUAGAAAAUAGUAAAAAUACAGAAAAACCCUUGAAUGAGUAGGUGUGUCCAAACUUUUGACUGGUAGUGUACGUUUCUCCCAACUAUAGUCUUGGUAUUUACCCCCUCCAUGUGACCUAACUGAAUACUUAAAACACAUCUGACAUUAAUUCGCUAUUAGGCUUACCUACCUCAAUGCAUUCUUUGUUUGCUUCAUGUUUGUCCAGCAGACUCUUCAUCUGUUUGGUGAAGCCAUCCUUUCUCUGCUGGUACACAUCAGAUAGCUUGGACACUGCAUGGGUACUGUGGUGGCCAAACAGCUUACAUCCUGCACAGAUCAACGUGUUAUCCUGCAGACACACCUGGAAACAACCAGACAACAAAAGUUUACUUAUCAGUGGCUCUCAUCCGGAGUGACUUACAGUUAGGAGUGUUUUAUAUAGAGGUAGUGUUUUAUAUAGAGGUAGUGUUUUAUAUAGAGGUAGUGUUUUAUAUAGAGGUAGUGUUUUAUAUAGAGGUAGUGUUUUAUAUAGAGGUAGUGUUUUACAGUGAGGGAAAAAAGUAUUUGAUCCCCUGCUGAUUUUGUACGUUUGCCCACUGACAAAGACAAUUUUAAUGGUAGGUUUAUUUGAACAGUGAGAGACAGAAUAACAACAACAAAAAUCCAGAAAAACGCAUGUCAAAAAUGUUAUAAAUUGAUUUGAAUUUUAAUGAGGGAAAUAAGUAUUUGACCCCUCUGCAAAACAUGACUUAGUACUUGGUGGCAAAACCCUUGUUGGCAAUCACAGAGGUCAGACGUUUCUUGUAGUUGGCCACCAGGUUUGCACACAUCUCAGGAGGGAUUUUGUCCCACUCCUCUUUGCAGAUCUUCUCCAAGUCAUUAAGGUUUCGAGGCUGACGUUUGGCAACUCGAACCUUCAGCUCCCUCCACAGAUUUUCUAUGGGAUUAAGGUCUGGAGACUGGCUAGGCCACUCCAGGACCUUAAUGUGCUUCUUCUUGAGCUACUCCUUUGUUGCCUUGGCCGUGUGUUUUGGGUCAUUGUCAUGCUGGAAUACCCAUCCACGACCCAUUUUCAAUGCCCUGGCUGAGGGAAGGAGGUUCUCACCCAAGAUUUGACGGUACAUGGCCCCGUCCAUCGUCCCUUUGAUGCGGUGAACUUGUCCUGUCCCCUUAGCAGAAAAACACCCCCAAAGCAUAAUGUUUCCACCUCCAUGUUUGAUGGUGGGGAUGGUAUUCUUGAGGUCAUAGGCAGCAUUCCUCCUCCUCCAAACACGGCGAAUUAAGUUGAUGCCAAGAGCUCCAUUUUGGUCUCAUCUGACCACAACACUUUCACCCAGUUCUCCUCUGAAUCAUUCAGAUGUUCAUUGGCAAACUUCAGACGGGCCUGUAUAUGUGCUUUCUUGAGCAGGGGGACCUUGCGGGCGCUGCAGGAUUUCAGUCCUUCACGGCGUAGUGUGUUACCAAUUGUUUUCUUGGUGACUAUGGUCACAGCUGCCUUGAGAUCAUUGACAAGAUCCUCCCGUGUAGUUCUGGGCUGAUUCCUCACCGUUCUCAUGAUCAUUGCAACUCCACGAGGUAAGAUCUUGCAUGGAGCCCCAGGCCAAGGGAGAUUGACAGUUCUUUUGUGUUUCUUCCAUUUGCGAAUAAUCGCACCAACUGUUGUCACCUUCUCACCAAGCUGCUUGGCGAUGGUCUUGUAGCCCAUUCCAGCCUUGUGUAGGUCUACAAUCUUGUCCCUGACAUCCUUGGAGAGCUCUUUGGUCUUGGCCAUGGUGGAGAGUUUGGAAUCUGAUUGAUUGAUUGCUUCUGUGGACAGGUGUCUUUUAUACAGGUAACAAACUGAGAUUAGGAGCACUCCCUUUAAGAGUGUGCUCCUAAUCUCAGCUCUUUACCUGUAUAAAAGACACCUGGGAGCCAGAAAUCUUUCUGAUUGAGAGGAGGUUAAAUACUUAUUUCCCUCAUUAAAAUGCAAAUCAAUAUAUAACAUUUUUGACAUGCAUUUUUCUGGAUUAUUUUUUUUGUUAUUCUGUCUCUCACUGUUCAAAUAAACCUACCAUUACAAUUAUAGACUGAUCAUUUCUUUGUCAGUAGGCAAACAUACAAAAUCAGCAGGGGAUCAAAUACUUUUUUCCCUCACUGUAUAUAGAGGUAGUGUUUUAUAUAGAGGUAGUGUUUUAUAUAGAGGUAGUGUUUUAUAUAGAGGUAGUGUUUUAUAUAGAGGUAGUGUUAUAUAUAUAGGUGUCAAGAGUGUGCAAAGCUGUCAUCAAGGCAAGGGUUGGCUAUUUGAAGGAUCUCAAAUAUAAAAUAUAUUUUUUAAUUAAAAUUCAUACAAUGUGAUUUUCUGGAUUUUUGUUUUAGAUUCCGUCUCUCAGUUGAAGUGUACCUAUGAUAAAAAUUACAGACCUCUACAUGCUUUGUAAGUAGGAAAACCUGCAAAAUCGGCAGUUUUAAUUACUUAAAAAUCAUAUAUGGUCUUGAUCAGAGUGUUGUGUUCUCAUACAAUAUAACAUAUGGUUUGUCCCAAAUGACACCCAGGUCACACCCAGGUCAAAAGUAGUGCAUUGUGUAGGGAAUUGGUAUAUUAUUUUACCAGGUAAGUUGACUGAGAACACAUUCUCAUUUACAGGAACGACCUGGGGAAUAGUUACAGGGGAGAGGAGGGGGGAUGAAUGAGCCAAUUAGAAGCUGGGGAUGAUUAGGUGGCCAUGAUGGUAUAAGGGCCAGAUUGGGAAUUUAGCCAGGACACCGGGGUUAACACCCCUACUCUUACGAUAUGUGUCAUGAGUGCAAGUUUGGAUGAAUGUGAUGAACACUCAACGUACCAGAUUCAUGAUUUCAUGAUGAUCAGGGCACAUGAAGUCCUUCAGAGCUUGCUUCUUAGCCUCGUUACUCUCUGUCCUUUCUUUCAGUAUUGCCACGACGUUCUCAACAAACAUGUUCCUCUUCAACCCGUUGAGUCCCUUGUCAGGUAAGAUGUUCACCUACAGUAGACAGGUUAGAAGUGCAUGUUGUUGAAUUAUAUCUUACAACACAGUGAUUUGAUUUGGCAAAAUGUAUAGGCUGUCAGAUGCAGUAUGCCGAAGGAAAGGGGGUGUGUCUACAGAGGACACUGGAGUCGGCAACAAGAGGCGUUAUGGCAACACACCUUAUGGCAACACACAUUAUGGCAACACACCUGAUGGCAACACACCUUAUGGCAACACACCUUAUGGCAACACACCUAAUGGCAACACACCUUAUGGCAACACACCUGAUGGCAACACCUACAACACCUUAUGGCAACACACCUAAUGGCAACACACCUUAUGGCAACACACCUUAUGGCAACACACCUAUGGCAACACACCUUAUGGCAACACACCUUAUGGCAACACACCUUAUGGCAACACACCUUAUGGCAACACACCUUAUGGCAACACACCUUAUGGCAACACACCUUAUGGCAACACACCUUAUGGCAACACACCUUAUGGCAACACACCUUAUGGCAACACACCUUAUGGCAACACACCUUAUGGCAACACACCUUAUGGCAACACACCUAAUGGCAACACACCUUAUGGCAACACACCUGAUGGCAACACACCUUAUGGCAACACACCUUAUGGCAACACACCUAAUGGCAACACACCUAAUGGCAACACACCUUAUGGCAACACACCUGAUGGCAACACACCUUAUGGCAACACACCUUAUGGCAACACACAUUAUGGCAACACACCUAAUGGCAGCACACCUGAUGGCAACACACCUGAUGGCAACACACCUUAUGGCAACACACCUUAUGGCAACACACCUGAUGGCAACACACCUUAUGGCAACACACCAUUAUGGCAACACCCUUAUGGCAACACACCUUUAUGGCAACACACCUGAUGGCAACACACCUUAUGGCAACACACCUUAUGGCAACACACCUUAUGGCAACACACCUAAUGGCAACACACCUUAUAGCAACACACCUUAUGGCAACACACCUGAUGGCAACACACAUUAUGGCAACACACCUUAUGGCAAGACAUUAUGGCAACACACCUUAUGGCAACACACCUGAUGGCAACACACAUUAUGGCAACACACCUUAUGGCAACACACCUAAUGGCAACACACCUUAUAGCAACACACCUUAUGGCAACACACCUGAUGGCAACACACAUUAUGGCAACACACCCGUAUGGCAAGCAUUAUGGCAAACACACCUUAUGGCAACACAUCAUUAUGCAACACACCUUAUGGGCACAAACCGUAUGGCAAACACCCCUAUUGGCAACACACCAUUAUGGACAACACACUGAUGGCCAACACAACUAUGGCAACACACCUGAUGGCAACACACCUGAUGGCAACACACCUGAUGGCAACACACCUUAUGGCAACACACCUUAUGGCAACACACCUGAUGGCAACACACCUGAUGGCAACACACAUUAUGGCAACACACCUUAUGGCAACACACCUGAUGGCAACACACAUUAUGGCAACACACAUUAUGGCAACACACCUGAUGGCAACACACAUAAUGGCAACACACCUUAUGGCAACACACCUGAUGGCAACACACAUUAUGGCAACACACCUUAUGGCAACACACCUUAUGGCAACACACAUUAUGGCAACACACCUUAUGGCAACACACCUUAUGGCAACACACCUUAUGGCAACACACCUGAUGGCAACACACCUGAUGGCAACACACCUGAUGGCAACACACAUUAUGGCAACACACAUUAUGGCAACACACCUAUGGCAACACACCUGAUGGCAACACACCUUAUGGCAACACACCUGAUGGCAACACACAUUAUGGCAACACACCUUAUGGCAACACACCUUAUGGCAACACACCUUAUGGCAACACACCUUAUGGCAACACACCUAAUGGCAACACACCUAAUGGCAACACACCUUAUGGCAACACACCUUAUGGCAAGACAUUAUGGCAACACACCUUAUGGCAACACACCUAAUGGCAACACACCUUAUGGCAAGACAUUAUGGCAACACACAUUAUGGCAACACACCUUAUGGCAUUACUUUCUGACCAAUAGUACUGCACUAUACUGGGACUACGGUGCCAUUUGAUAGAAUAGAGACAGCAGCUUCUCUUCUUACCUGUCUACACAUGGGGCAGAUGAACUGGUCCUGGGGCUUGUUGCAGUUCUGGGCGAUGAGGGUCUGAUGAAUGCACUUCUUGCAGUAGUUAUGACUACAACACAACUCUAUAACAGGUGGACUGAAGACCUCUAGACAUACAGGACAGCUCAGCUCUUUACCUAGUUGGACUUCCAUUCUCAACGCUGCUGAUUGAUGAUCUGAGCAGGAGAGGACAGGUACAUUCCUAGUUGUAUGGUCCCUGAUGGUUCCGGAACAUGCCUGUCACUCAUAGCCACAUUAUGAUUAUAACAUCCAUAGAAUUAUAGAAUUAUAGAAUUCAAUUAUUGAGUCAUUCUAAUUCGAUUGAAAGAUAAUGGUUUCCUAGCAACACACCAUUGUCUAGAUAUUUUGCCAGGGGUUAGACAUUAGACUGUACUUAUGUGUGUCCCCAAUGGAAACCCUAUUCCCUAAGUAGUGCACUACGAUUGGGCCACAAUAAAGCCUCUUUUUAAUACAAUCAGCCAGCGUGAAAUGACUUGAGUCGACACGCAGCAUCACAUGUUAAGCACAUUUAAUUUAUUCAUAAGGAAUGUAACAAUGAAAAAAUUGUGCUUCUUGAACAGUUAGACAGUACAACGUUUCUACAACAUACAUCUGAAAUCACAAUCCCUUUUAAUUAAGCUGCCGCUCCCAUCCCUUAGUUAAACUGCAGCUCCCAUCCCUUAGUUAAACUGGAGUUUACAUCCCUUAGUUAAACUGGAGUUUACAUCCCUUAGUUAAACUGGAGCUCCCAUCCCUUAGUUAAACUGCAGCUCCCAUCCCUUAGUUAAACUGGAGCUCCCAUCCCUUAGUUAAACUGGAGCUCCCAUCCCUUAGUUAAACUGGAGUUUACAUCCCUUAGUUAAACUGGAGUUUACAUCCCUUAGUUAAGCUGCAGCUCCCAUCCCUUAGUUAAACUGGAGUUUACAUCCCUUAGUUAAACUGGAGCUCCCAUCCCUUAGUUAAACUGCAGCUCCCAUCCCUUAGUUAAACUGGAGCUCCCAUCCCUUAGUUAAACUGCAGCUCCCAUCCCUUAGUUAAACUGGAGCUCCCAUCCCUUAGUUAAACUGGAGCUCCCCAUCCCUUAGUUAAACUGGAGCUCCCAUCCCUUAGUUAAACUGGAGCUCCCAUCCCUUAGUUAAACUGGAGCUCCCAUCCCUUAGUUUAAACUGGAGCUCCCAUCCCUUAGUUAAACUGGAGCUCCCAUCCCUUAGUUAAACUGGAGCUCCCAUCCCUUAGUUAAACUGGAGCUCCCAUCCCUUAGUUAAACUGGAGCUCCCAUCCCUUAGUUAAACUGGAGCUCCCAUCCCUUAGUUAAACUGGAGCUCCCAUCCCUUAGUUUAAACUGGAGCUCCCAUCCCUUAGUUAAACUGGAGCUCCCAUCCCUUAGUUAAACUGGAGCUCCCAUCCCUUAGUUUAAACUGGAGCUCCCAUCCCUUAGUUAAACUGGAGCUCCCAUCCCUUAGUUAACUGGAGCUCCCAUCCCUUAGUUAAACUGGAGCUCCCAUCCCUUAGUUAAACUGGAGCUCCCAUCCCUUAGUUAAACUGGAGCUCCCAUCCCUUAGUUAAACUGGAGCUCCCAUCCCUUAGUUAAACUGGAGCUCCCAUCCCUUAGUUAAACUGGAGCUCCCAUCCCUUAGUUAAACUGGAGCUCCCAUCCCUUAGUUAAACUGGAGCUCCCAUCCCUUAGUUAAACUGCAGCUCCCAUCCCUUAGUUAAACUGCAGCUCCCAUCCCUUAGUUAAACUGGAGCUCCCAUCCCUUAGUUAAACUGGAGCUCCCAUCCCUUAGUUAAACUGGAGCUCCCAUCCCUUAGUUAAACUGGAGCUCCCAUCCCUUAGUUAAACUGGAGCUCCCAUCCCUUAGUUAAACUGGAGCUCCCAUCCCUUAGUUAAACUGGAGCUCCCAUCCCUUAGUUAAACUGGAGCUCCCAUCCCUUAGUUAAACUGCAGCUCCCAUCCCUUAGUUAAACUGCAGCUCCCAUCCCUUAGUUAAACUGGAGCUCCCAUCCCUUAGUUAAACUGGAGCUCCCAUCCCUUAGUUAAACUGCAGCUCCCAUCCCUUAGUUAAACUGGAGCUCCCAUCCCUUAGUUUAAACUGGAGCUCCCAUCCCUUAGUUAAACUGGAGUUUACAUCCCUUAGUUAAACUGGAGCUCCAUCCCCUUAGUUAAACUGGAGCUCCCAUCCCUUAGUUAAACUGGAGCUCCCAUCCCUUAGUUUAAACUGGAGCUCCCAUCCCUUAGUUAAACUGGAGCUCCCAUCCCUUAGUUAAACUGGAGCUCCCAUCCCUUAGUUAAACUGGAGCUCCAUCCCUUAGUUAAACUGCAGCUCCCAUCCCUUAGUUAAACUGCAGCUCCCAUCCCUUAGUUAAACUGGAGCUCCCAUCCCUUAGUUAAACUGCAGCUCCCAUCCCUUAGUUAAACUGGAGCUCCCAUCCCUUAGUUAAACUGGAGCUCCCAUCCCUUAGUUAAACUGGAGUUUACAUCCCUUAGUUAAACUGGAGCUCCCAUCCCUUAGUUAAACUGGAGCUCCCAUCCCUUAGUUAAACUGGAGCUCCCUCCCUUAGUUAAAUGGAGCUCCCAUCCCUUAGUUAAACUGGAGCUCCCAUCCCUUAGUUAAACUGGAGCUCCCAUCCCUUAGUUAAACUGGAGCUCCCAUCCCUUAGUUAAACUGGAGCUCCCAUCCCUUAGUUAAACUGGAGCUCCCAUCCCUUAGUUAAACUGCAGCGCUUCAGUCAGUUCAGUUCUGUCAGUGUUACAUGUCUGCAGUGGGCCACCGGACCAUCAAACAGACCUACAUUACGUUGACAUUACGUUGUCUUUAUGUUGUCUCCCGGGUCUGCAUCCCAAACAGCACUCCUUUUUCCAUAUAUAGUACACUACUUUUGGUACUGACGUAGUGCACUAUAUAGGGAAUAGGGUGCCAUUUGGGAUGUAAAUCCAGUCAGCGAGGUCAGAGCAGUCUUAGCGGCUACGGGGUUUCCUUUAGAGAAAACAUUACAGACUCACAGCAGAGUAUUACAGAUCACCAUAUCAGGCCAUUAUAGACUCACAGCAGAGUAUUACAGAUCACCAUAUCAGGCCAUUAUAGACUCACAGCAGAGUAUUACAGAUCACCAUAUCAGGCCAUUACAGACUCACAGCAGAGUAUUACAGAUCACCAUAUCAGGCCAUUAUAGUAGUUGAGGCAGAGAGCAUUUAGCGUUGAAAUGCAGACGUGGUUGGAGGCAGGAGGUCCUGACCCACUGGACACACACUGGUGGAAUCAACGUUGUUUCCGCGUCAUUUCAAUGACAUUACGUUGAAUCAACGUGGAAUAGACGUUGAAUUGACGUCUGUGCCCAGUGGGAAUGACAUAUUAUACAGUACAUUGUUUUCUCAUGUGUCAGUCAGGUGUUUUUGGUGUAUUAUUUAAGAUAAGGACAAUAAUUACAGUAUUGCUUUAGAAUCACAAUCACUGUGGCCAGCUAGUUUGCAUUACUUACGAUAGAAAUAACAUUUUAAGUUGCAUUUUAAUCUAGCUAAGAAAUUUACUAAUUAACAUAGCAAGUUUUGCAUUUUAUUUGCAUGCAUCCCAAAUGGCACCCUAUUCCCUAUAUAGUGCACUACUUUAGACCAGAGCCCACAGCACUAUAUAGGGACUAGGGUGCUGUUUGAGACACAUCCUGUGUUUCAUUAUGUUUUUCUAUUCAAGUGAGAAGUUCAAUAAAUAAGACAUCGUACAAUUUUAGACAGUGAAAACAUAUUUUGGUUCAAAUGAAAUAAAAUGUGUUUUAUUUCCUCAUCCUCAGCUCCGAGAGCGAGCUGAGCAAAGCAGCGGUUCAAUUCUUCACUGAAAUAAAAUAACAUUUACAUUCAUUUCAUGAGGAUUCACUUUCCAGUCAUUGCUGACAAAAAGCAACGUACCGACCGACACCCUAUUCCCUAUCUAGUGCACUACGUACUUUUGACAAGGACCCAUAGGGCUCUGGUCUAAAGUAGUGCACUAUAUAGGGAAUAGGGUGUCAUAGGGCUCUGGUCUAAAGUAGUGCACUAUAUAGGGAAUAGGGUGUCAUAAGGCUCUGGUCUAAAGUAGUGCACUAUAUAGGGAAUAGGGUGUCAUAGGGCUCUGGUCUAAAGUAGUGCACUAUAUAGGGAAUAGGGUGUCAUAGGGCUCUGGUCUAAAGUAGUGCACUAUAUAGGGAAUAGGGUGUCAUAGGGGUCUGGUCUAAAGUAGUGCACUAUAUAGGGAAUAGGGUGUCAUAGGGCUCUGGUCUAAAGUAGUGCACUAUAUAGGGAAUAGGCUGCCAUAGGGCUCUGGUCUAAAGUAGUGCACUAUAUAGGGAAUAGGGUGUCAUAGGGGUCUGGUCUAAAGUAGUGCACUAUAUAGGGAAUAGGGUGUCAUAGGGCUCUGGUCUAAAGUAGUGCACUAUAUAGGGAAUAGGGUGCCAUAGGGCCAUGGUCUAAAGUAGUGCACUAUAUAGGGAAUAGGGUGCCAUAGGGCUCUGGUCUAAAGUAGUGCACUAUAUAGGGAAUAGGGUGCCAUAGGGCUCUGGUCUAAAGUAGUGCACUAUAUAGGGAAUAGGGUGCCAUAGGGCUCUGGUCUAAAGUAGUGCACUAUAUAGGGAAUAGGGUGCCAUAGGGCUCUGGUCUAAAGGAGUGCACUAUAUAGGGAACAGGGUGUCAUAGGGCUCUGGUCUAAAGUAGUGCACUAUAUAGGGAAUAGGGUGUCAUAGGGCUCUGGUCAAAAGUAGUGCACUAUAUAGGGAAUAGGGUGUCAUAGGGCUCUGGUCUAAAGUAGUGUACUAUAUAGGGAAUAGGGUGCCAUAGGGCUCUGGUCUAAAGUAGUGUUCUAUAUAGGGAAUAGGGUGUCAUAGGGCUCUGGUCUAAAGUAGUGCACUAUAUAGGGAAUAGGGUGUCAUAGGGCUCUGGUCUAAAGUAGUGCACUAUAUAGGGAAUAGGGUGUCAUAGGGCUCUGGUCUAAAGUAGUGCACUAUAUAGGGAAUAGGGUGUCAUAGGGCUCUGGUCUAAAGUAGUGCACUAUAUAGGGAAUAGGGUGUCAUAGGGCUCUGGUCUAAAGUAGUGUACUAUAAAGGGAAUAGGGUGUCAUAGGGCUCUGGUCUAAAGUAGUGCACUAUAUAGGGAAUAGGGUGUCAUAGGGCUCUGGUCUAAAGUAGUGCACUAUAUAGGGAAUAGGGUGCCAUAGGGCUCUGGUCUAAAGUAGUGUUAUAUAUAGGGAAUAGGGUGUCAUAGGGCUCUGGUCUAAAGUAGUGCACUAUAUAGGGAAUAGGGUGUCAUAGGGCUCUGGUCUAAAGUAGUGUACUAUAUAGGGAAUAGGGUGUCAUAGGGCUCUGGUCUAAAGUAGUGCACUAUAUAGGGAAUAGGGUGUCAUGUGGCUCUGGUCUAAAGUAGUGUACUAUAUAGGGAAUAGGGUGCCAUAGGGCUCUGGUCUAAAGUAGUGCACUAUAUAGGGAAUAGGGUGUCAUGUGGCUCUGGUCUAAAGUAGUGCACUAUAUAGGGAAUAGGGUGUCAUAGGGCUCUGGUCUAAAGUAGUGCACUAUAUAGGGAAUAGGGUGUCAUGUGGCUCUGGUCUAAAGUAGUGCACUAUAUAGGGAAUAUGGUGCCAUAGGGCUCUGGUCUAAAGUAGUGCACUAUAUAGGGAAUAGGGUGUCAUAGGGCUCUGGUCUAAAGUAGUGUACUAUAUAGGGAAUAGGGUGUCAUAGGGCUCUGGUCUAAAGUAGUGCACUAUAUAGGGAAUAGGGUGUCAUAGGGCUCUGGUCUAAAGUAGUGCACUAUAUAGGGAAUAGGGUGUCAUAGGGCUCUGGUCUAAAGUAGUGCACUAUAUAGGGAAUAGGGUGUCAUAGGGCCCUGGUCUAAAGUAGUGCACUAUAUAGGGAAUAGGGUGUAAUUUGGGACACAAUCUAUGAACAGAGGUGUAACAUCCAUUUCUAGAGCAACACCUACAGUAGUAGAACAGAGUAUAUAACAGAGAACAGAGUAUAUAACAGAGAACAGAGUAUAUAACAGAGAACAGAGUAUAUAACAGAGAACAGAGUAUAUAACAGAUAAUACCUGGCACAUCAACACAGUAUGGCAGUUUUUUGAUAAAAAAAACAAACAGUCAGAAAUAGCUUCAAACAAACAAAAAUAAACCUCGAUGCUGAAAUCACAUCACGUUGUCGUACAACAUUAAUAUUAUUAUUUAAUCGAAAGCUUGGUAACAGACCACCGCGCAGCAGUUAGCUAGUCAGGACAGAGCUCGGUUAAAGGAAAACUCCACCCAAAAUCUUCUGGUAUUUGUUUCAUUAGUCCAUUGUUGACAUAGUCCCAAAACUAUUUUGCUUGUCAGCAAUCAAGUUUUCAAGAUAUGUAACUUUCAAAAUACAGAAAUUACCCCCAUUUGAUACAUUUACGUCUCUUAAAAACGUGUUUGCUGACAAGCAAAACAGUUUGAGACUAUGUCAACAAUGGACUAACGAAACAAAUACCAGAAGAUAGUUUUGGGUGGGGGCAGAGGAGAGAAAGAGGGGGAGGAGGUUAGCUAGUCAGAACAGAACUGGGUUAACGUGGGGUCAGGACAGAGAAGGAGGUGGAGGUGAGGAGAGGAGAGGAGGGAGGAGGUUAGCUAGUCAGAACGGAGCUGGGUUAAACUGGAAGCAAAGAACAGGGGAGGAGGGGGGAGAGGAGGGAGGAGAAGAGGCAGGAGGUCUGAGGGAACAUCAGGAGGAGUGGUUGGUAGUCUCCAUCUCCCCCUCUGCUCUCUCUCUCAGCUGGUGCAGGACGGGAGUCAGGAUGGCUAUCAGUGUCUGGUGUAGAACAUGGUCACUCUCUGGGGAUAUCUGGGGGAUAAGACAUAUAGAACAUGGUCACUCUCUGGGGAUAUCUGGGGGAUAAGACAUAUAGAACAUGGUCACUCUCUGGGGAUAUCUGGGGGAUAAGACAUAUAGAACAUGGCCACUCUCUGGGGAUAUCUGGGGGAUAAGACAAAUAGAACAUGGUCACUCUCUGAGGGGAUCUGGGGGAUAAGACAUAUAGAACAUGGUCACUCUCUGGGGAUAUCUGGGGGAUAAGACAUAUAGAACAUGGUCACUCUCUGGGGAUAUCUGGGGGAUAAGACAUAUAGAACAUGGUCACUCUCUGGGGAUAUCUGGGGGAUAAGACAAAUAGAACAUGGUCACUCUCUGAGGGGAUCUGGGGGAUAAGACAUAUAGAACAUGGUCACUCUCUGGGGAUAUCUGGGGGAUAAGACAUAUAGAACAUGGUCACUCUCUGGGGAUAUCUGGGGGAUAAGACAUAUAGAACAUGGUCACUCUCUGGGGAUAUCUGGGGGAUAACACAAAUAGAACAUGGUCACUCUCUGGGGAUAUCUGGGGGAUAAGACAUAUAGAACAUGGUCACUCUCUGGGGAUAUCUGGGGGAUAAGACAUAUAGAACAUGGUCACUCUCUGGGGAUAUCUGGAUGAUAACACAAAUAGAACAUGGUCACUCUCUGUGGAUAUCUGGGGGAUAAGACAAAUAGAACAUGGUCACUCUCUGGGGAUAUCUGGGGGAUAAGACAUAUAGAACAUGGUCACUCUCUGGGGAUAUCUGGGGGAUAAGACAAAUAGAACAUGGUCACUCUCUGGGGAUAUCUGGGGGAUAAGACAUAUAGAACAUGGUCACUCUCUGGGGAUAUCUGGGGGAUAAGACAUAUAGAACAUGGUCACUCUCUGAGGGGAUCUGGGGGAUAAGACAUAUAGAACAUGGUCACUCUCUGGGGAUAUCUGGGGGAUAAGACAAAUAGAACAUGGUCACUCUCUGAGGGGAUCUGGGGGAUAAGACAUAUAGAACAUGGUCACUCUCUGGGGAUAUCUGGAGGAUAAGACAAAUAGAACAUGGUCACUCUCUGGGGAUAUCUGGGGGAUAACACAAAUAGAACAUGGUCACUCUCUGGGGAUAUCUGGGGGAUAACACAAAUAGAACAUGGUCACUCUCUGGGGAUAUCUGGAGGAUAAGACAAAUAGAACAUGGUCACUCUCUGGGGAUAUAUGGGGGAUAAGACAUAUAGAACAUGGUCACUCUCUGAGGAGGAGGGGAUCUGGGGGAUAAGACAUAUAGAACAUGGUCACUCUCUGAGGGGAUCUGGGGGAUAAGACAUAUAGAACAUGGUCACUCUCUGGGGAUAUCUGGGGGAUAAGAUAUAUAGAACAUGGUCACUCUCUGGGGAUAUCUGGAGGAUAACACAAAUAGAACAUGGUCACUCUCUGGGGAUAUCUGGGGGAUAAGACAUAUAGAACAUGGUCACUCUCUGGGGAUAUCUGGAGGAUAAGACAAAUAGAACAUGGUCACUCUCUGGGGAUAUCUGGGGGAUAAGACAAAUAGAACAUGGUCACUCUCUGGGGAUAUCUGGGGGAUAAGACAUAUAGAACAUGGUCACUCUCUGGGGAUAUCUGGGGGAUAAGACAUAUAGAACAUGGUCACUCUCUGGGGAUAUCUGGGGGAUAAGACAUAUAGAACAUGGUCACUCUCUGAGGGGAUCUGGGGGAUAAGACAUAUAGAACAUGGUCACUCUCUGGGGAUAUCUGGGGGAUAAGACAAAUAGAACAUGGUCACUCUCUGAGGGGAUCUGGGGGAUAAGACAUAUAGAACAUGGUCACUCUCUGGGGAUAUCUGGAGGAUAAGACAAAUAGAACAUGGUCACUCUCUGGGGAUAUCUGGGGGAUAACACAAAUAGAACAUGGUCACUCUCUGGGGAUAUCUGGGGGAUAACACAAAUAGAACAUGGUCACUCUCUGGGGAUAUCUGGAGGAUAAGACAAAUAGAACAUGGUCACUCUCUGGGGAUAUCUGGGGGAUAACACAAAUAGAACAUGGUCACUCUCUGGGGAUAUCUGGGGGAUAACACAAAUAGAACAUGGUCACUCUCUGGGGAUAUCUGGGGGAUAAUACAAAUAGAACAUGGUCACUCUCUGGGGAUAUCUGGGGGAUAACACAAAUAGAACAUGGUCACUCUCUGGGGAUAUCUGGGGGAUAAGACAUAUAGAACAUGGUCACUCUCUGGGGAUAUCUGGGGGAUAACACAAAUAGAACAUGGUCACUCUCUGGGGAUAUCUGGGGGAUAACACAAAUAGAACAUGGUCACUCUCUGGGGAUAUCUGGGGGAUAACACAAAUAGAACAUGGUCACUCUCUGGUGAUAUCUGGGGGAUAAGACAUAUAGAACAUGGUCACUCUCUGGGGAUAUCUGGGGGAUAAGACAAAUAGAACAUGGUCACUCUCUGAGGGGAUCUGGGGGAUAAGACAUAUAGAACAUGGUCACUCUCUGGGGAUAUCUGGGGGAUAAGACAUAUAGAACAUGGUCACUCUCUGGGGAUCUGGGGGAUAAGACAUAUAGAACAUGGUCACUCUCUGAGGGGAUCUGGGGGAUAAGACAUAUAGAACAUGGUCACUCUCUGAGGGGAUCUGGGGGAUAAGACAUAUAGAACAUGGUCACUCUCUGGGGAUAUCUGGGGGAUAAGACAUAUAGAACAUGGUCACUCUCUGAGGGGAUCUGGGGGAUAAGACAUAUAGAACAUGGUCACUCUCUGAGGGGAUCUGGGGGAUAAGACAUAUAGAACAUGGUCACUCUCUGGGGAUAUCUGGGGGAUAAGACAUAUAGAACAUGGUCACUCUCUGGGGAUAUCUGGGGGAUAAGACAUAUAGAACAUGGUCACUCUCUGGGGAUAUCUGGGGGAUAACACAAAUAGAACAUGGUCACUCUCUGGGGAUAUCUGGGGGAUAAGACAUAUAGAACAUGGUCACUCUCUGAGGAGGAGGGGAUCUGGGGGAUAAGACAUAUAGAACAUGGUCACUCUCUGAGGGGAUCUGGGGGAUAAGACAUAUAGAACAUGGUCACUCUCUGGGGAUAUCUGGGGGAUAACACAAAUAGAACAUGGUCACUCUCUGGGGAUAUCUGGAGGAUAAGACAAAUAGAACAUGGUCACUCUCUGGGGAUAUCUGGGGGAUAACACAAAUAUAACAUGGUCACUCUCUGGGGAUAUCUGGGGGAUAACACAAAUAGAACAUGGUCACUCUCUGGGGAUAUCUGGGGGAUAACACAAAUAGAACAUGGUCACUCUCUGGGGAUAUCUGGGGGAUAACACAAAUAGAACAUGGUCACUCUCUGGGGAUAUCUGGGGGAUAAGACAUAUAGAACAUGGUCACUCUCUGGGGAUAUCUGGGGGAUAAGACAUAUAGAACAUGGUCACUCUCUGAGGGGAUCUGGGGGAUAAGACAUAUAGAACAUGGUCACUCUCUGAGGGGAUCUGGGGGAUAAGAUAUAUAGAACAUGGUCACUCUCUGGGGAUAUCUGGGGGAUAAGACAUAUAGAACAUGGUCACUCUCUGGGGAUAUCUGGGGGAUAAGACAUAUAGAACAUGGUCACUCUCUGGGGAUAUCUGGGGGAUAACACAAAUAGAACAUGGUCACUCUCUGGGGAUAUCUGGGGGAUAAGACAUAUAGAACAUGGUCACUCUCUGAGGAGGAGGGGAUCUGGGGGAUAAGACAUAUAGAACAUGGUCACUCUCUGAGGGGAUCUGGGGGAUAAGACAUAUAGAACAUGGUCACUCUCUGGGGAUAUCUGGGGGAUAACACAAAUAGAACAUGGUCACUCUCUGGGGAUAUCUGGAGGAUAAGACAAAUAGAACAUGGUCACUCUCUGGGGAUAUCUGGGGGAUAACACAAAUAGAACAUGGUCACUCUCUGGGGAUAUCUGGGGGAUAACACAAAUAGAACAUGGUCACUCUCUGGGGAUAUCUGGGGGAUAACACAAAUAGAACAUGGUCACUCUCUGGGGAUAUCUGGGGGAUAACACAAAUAGAACAUGGUCACUCUCUGGGGAUAUCUGGGGGAUAAGACAUAUAGAACAUGGUCACUCUCUGGGGAUAUCUGGGGGAUAAGACAUAUAGAACAUGGUCACUCUCUGGGGAUAUCUGGGGGAUAAGACAUAUAGAACAUGGUCACUCUCUGGGGAUAUCUGGAGGAUAAGACAAAUAGAACAUGGUCACUCUCUGGGGAUAUCUGGGGGAUAACACAAAUAGAACAUGGUCACUCUCUGGGGAUAUCUGGAGGAUAAGACAAAUAGAACAUGGUCACUCUCUGGGGAUAUCUGGGGGAUAACACAAAUAGAACAUGGUCACUCUCUGGGGAUAUCUGGGGGAUAACACAAAUAGAACAUGGUCACUCUCUGGGGAUAUCUGGGGGAUAACACAAAUAGAACAUGGUCACUCUCUGGGGAUAUCUGGGGGAUAACACAAAUAGAACAUGGUCACUCUCUGGGGAUAUCUGGGGGAUAAGACAUAUAGAACAUGGUCACUCUCUGGGGAUAUCUGGGGGAUAAGACAUAUAGAACAUGGUCACUCUCUGGGGAUAUCUGGGGGAUAAGACAUAUAGAACAUGGUCACUCUCUGGGGAUAUCUGGAGGAUAAGACAAAUAGAACAUGGUCACUCUCUGGGGAUAGUUGGGGGAUAACACAAAUAGAACAUGGUCACUCUCUGGGGAUAUCUGGGGGAUAACACAAAUAGAACAUGGUCACUCUCUGGGGAUAUCUGGGGGAUAAGACAUAUAGAACAUGGUCACUCUCUGGGGAUAUCUGGGGGAUAAGACAAAUAGAACAUGGUCACUCUCUGAGGGGAUCUGGGGGAUAAGACAUAUAGAACAUGGUCACUCUCUGGGGAUAUCUGGGGGAUAAGACAUAUAGAACAUGGUCACUCUCUGAGGGGAUCUGGGGGAUAAGACAUAUAGAACAUGGUCACUCUCUGGGGAUAUCUGGGGGAUAAGACAUAUAGAACAUGGUCACUCUCUGGGGAUAUCUGGGGGAUAAGACAUAUAGAACAUGGUCACUCUCUGGGGAUAUCUGGGGGAUAAGACAUAUAGAACAUGGUCACUCUCUGGGGAUAUCUGGGGGAUAAGACAUAUAGAACAUGGUCACUUUCUGGGGAUAUCUGGGGGAUAAGACAUAUAGAACAUGGUCACUCUCUGGGGAUAUCUGGGGGGAUAACACAAAUAGAACAUGGUCACUCUCUGGGGAUAUCUGGGGGAUAAGACAUAUAGAACAUGGUCACUCUCUGGGGAUAUCUGGGGGAUAAGACAAAUAGAACAUGGUCACUCUCUGAGGGGAUCUGGGGGAUAAGACAUAUAGAACAUGGUCACUCUCUGGGGAUAUCUGGGGGAUAAGACAUAUAGAACAUGGUCACUCUCUGAGGGGAUCUGGGGGAUAAGACAUAUAGAACAUGGUCACUCUCUGGGGAUAUCUGGGGGAUAAGACAUAUAGAACAUGGUCACUCUCUGGGGAUAUCUGGGGGAUAAGACAUAUAGAACAUGGUCACUCUCUGGGGAUAUCUGGGGGAUAAGACAUAUAGAACAUGGUCACUCUCUGGGGAUAUCUGGGGGAUAAGACAUAUAGAACAUGGUCACUCUCUGGGGAUAUCUGGGGGAUAACACAAAUAGAACAUGGUCACUCUGAGGAGGAGGGGAUCUGGGGGAUAAGACAUGUAGAACAUGGUCACUCUGAGGAGGAGGGGAUCUGGGGGAUAAGACAUAUAGAACAUGGUCACUCUGAGGAGGAGGGGAUCUGGGGGAUAAGACAUGUAGAACAUGGUCACUCUCUGAGGGGAUCUGGGGGAGGGAACACACUGCAUCACACCAAUGCUAGUAAUGGAUCUGUUCCCUAUGUAGUGUACCUUAAAGACCAGGAGCCAUAGGGCUCUGUGCUCUGGCCAAAGUAGUGCACUAUUUAGAAAAUAGGGUGCCAUUUGGGACAUAACCACAUUUACAUUUACAUCAUUUAGCCAGACGCUCUUAUCCAGAGUGACUUACAAAUUGGUGCAUUCACCUUAUAGCCAGUGGGAUAACCACUUUACAAUAAUAAUUGUUUUUGGGGUGGGGUGGGGUAAGGGGGGGUAGAAUGAUUACUUUAUCCUAUCCCAGGUAUUCCUUAAAGAGGUGGGGUUUCAAGUGUCUCCGGAAGGUGGUCAGUGACUCCGCUGUCCUGGCGUCGUGAGGGAGCUUGUUCCACCAUUGGGGUGCCAGAGCAGCGAACAGUUUUGACUGGGCUGAGAGGGAACUAUGCUUCCGCAGAGGAAGGGGAGCCAGCAGGCCAGAGGUGGAUGAACGCAAUGCCCUCGUUUGGGUGUAGGGGCUGAUCAGAGCCUGAACAUGGCUUUCUCAUUCUGAAUAACAGGGCUAGUUGUUCACCUGCCCUUGCUGUCCAGUACUCUAACCCUAACCCUUACCUUAGUGAAGACCUUGAUGGUGUGAUGGAGGAAGUCAGCUUCCACCUUGUCAGGUAAGGCCAGCAGAUGGGCAGCACAGUCCAGGAUGCAGAGCAGGGUUAGUCUGUGGCUCUGGAGGAGGACAAUCAACAACAGACCUAGAAUUAGGGUUGCAAAACUCUUCCCAGGAUGGAGGAUUCUGGAUUUCCUGUUUAUUUCCCUCCUGAUUCUGGGACUUUCUGAAAAAUCAAAGAAUUUGGGAAAGUUACUGGAAUCUUUCAACCCUACCUAUAAUUGUAUUAUAUAUCACGUGACCUGGGGAGGAAGGAAUAGUCGAAAGGUUACCUUAACCACACAAUAACCUUGUCCUUUGUAGCUCAGUUGGUAGAGCAUGGCGCUUGUAACACCAGGGUAGUGGGUUCGAUUCCUGGGACCACCAAUAUGUUAAAUGUAUGCACGCAUGACUAAAUCAUUUUGGAUAAAAGUCUGCUAAAUGGCAUCCAUUGUUAUAUUCUAUAAUGAUUAUAUAUUACAAUCCUCCCAAAUCGGCUAAAUGGCAUAGCAUAUAUCAUUUCUUAUUUAUUUUACUGGUUGUGUGAUAACCCAUAUUAACAACGUGAUAACCCAUAUUAACUACGUGAUAACCCAUAUUAACUACGUGAUAACCCAUAUUAACAACAUGAUAACCCAUAUUAACUACGUGAUAACCCAUAGUAACCAAGUGAUAACCCAUAGUAACCAUGUGAUAACCCAUAGUAACCAUGUGAUAACCCAUAGUAACCAUGUGAUAACCCAUAGUAACCAUGUGAUAACCCAUAGUAGCCGGUAUAAUCGACAUAACAAUAUUGGUUUUAUGGUAUAACAGUAUUGCCUUCUCCCUUCUUCUACAGUGCCUUCGUAAAGUAUUCAGACUCCUUGACUUUUUCCACAUUUUGUUACGUUACAGCCUUAUUCUAAAAUUGAUUAAAUAGUUUUUUUCCCUCAUCAAUCUACACACAAUAAUCCAUAAUGACAAAACAAAAACUGUUUUUUAGAAAUUGUAACAAAUAUAUAUACAGUGGGGAAAAAAAGUAUUUAGUCAGCCACCAAUUGUGUAUGUUCUCCCACUUAAAAAGAUGAGAGAGGCCUGUAAUUUUCAUCAUAGGUACUCGUCAAAUAUGACAGACAAAAUGAGAUUUUUUUUCUCCAGAAAAUCACAUUGUAGGAUUUUUUAUGAAUUUAUUUGCAAAUUAUGGUGGAAAAUAAGUAUUUGGUCAAUAACAAAAGUUUCUCAAUACUUUGUUAUAUACCCUUUGUUGGCAAUGACACAGGUCAAACGUUUUCUGUAAGUCUUCACAAGGUUUUCACACAGUGUUGCUGGUAUUUUGGCCCAUUCCUCCAUGCAGAUCUCCUCUAGAGCAGUGAUGUUUUGGGGCUGUCGCUGGGCAACACAGACUUUCAACUCCCUCCAAAGAUUUUCUAUGGGGUUGAGAUCUGGAGACUGGCUAGGCCACUCCAGGACCUUGAAAUGCUUCUUACGAAGCCACUCCUUCGUUGCCCGGGCGGUGUGUUUGGGAUCAUUGUCAUGCUGAAAGACCCAGCCACGUUUCAUCUUCAAUGCCCUUGCUGAUGGAAGGAGGUUUUCACUCAAAAUCUCACGAUACAUGGCCCCAUUCAUUCUUUCCUUUACACGGAUCAGUCGUACUGGUCCCUUUGCAGAAAAACAGCCCCAAAGCAUGAUGUUUCCACCCCCAUGCUUCACAGUAUGUAUGGUGUUUGGAUGCAACUCAGCAUUCUUUGUCCUCCAAACACGACGAGUUGAGUUUUUACCAAAAAGUUAUAUUUUGGUUUCAUCUGACCAUAUGACAUUCUCCCAAUCCUCUUCUGGAUCAUCCAAAUGCACUCUAGCAAACUUCAGACGGGCCUGGACAUGUACUGGCUUAAGCAGGGGGACACGUCUGGCACUGCAGGAUUUGAGUCCCUGGCGGCGUAGUGUGUUACUGAUGGUAGGCUUUGUUACUUUGGUCCCAGCUCUCUGCAGGUCAUUCACUAGGUCCCCCUGUGUGGUUCUGGGACUUUUGCUCACCGUUCUUGUGAUCAUUUUGACCCCACGGGGUGAGAUCUUGCGUGGAGCCCCAGAUCGAGGGAGAUUACCAGUGGUCUUGUAUGUCUUCCAUUUCCUAAUACUUGCUCCCACAGUUGAUUUCUUCAAACCAAGCUGCUUACCUAUUGCAGAUUCAGUCUUCCCAGCCUGGUGCAGGUCUACAAUUUUGUUUCUGGUGUCCUUUGACAGCUCUUUGGUCUUGGCCAUAGUGGAGUUUGGAGUGUGACUGUUUGAGGUUGUGGACAGGUGUCUUUUAUACUGAUAACAAGUUCAAACAGGUGCCAUUAAUACAGGUAACGAGUGGAGGACAGAGGAGCCUCUUAAAGAAGAAGUUACAGGUCUGUGAGAGCCAGAAAUCUUGCUUGUUUGUAGGUGACCAAAUACUUAUUUUCCACCAUAAUUUGCAAAUAAAUGCAUAAAAAAUCCUACAAUGUGAUUUUCUGGAUUUUCUUUUCUCAUUUUGUCUGUCAUAGUUGACGUGUACCUAUGAUGAAAAUUACAGGCCUCUCUCAUCUUUUUAAGUGGGAGAACUUGCACAAUUGGUGGCUGACUAAAUACUUUUUUCCCCCACUGUAUAUAUAUAUAUAUAUAUAUAUAUUAUACACAUAAUAUACACUCCUGCAUUGUCUUGGCUGUGUGCUUAGGGUUGUUGUCCUGUUGGAAGGUGAUCCUUCGCCCCAGUCUGAGGUCCUGAGCGCUCUGGAGCAGGUUUUCAUCAAGGAUCUCUCUGUACUUUGCUCCGUUCAUCUUUCCCUCGAUCCUGUCUAGUCUCCCAGUCCCUGCCGCUGAAAAACAUCCCCACAGCAUGAUGCUGCCACCACCAUGCUUCACCGUAGGGAUGGUGUCAGGUUUCCUCCAGACGUGACGUUUGGCAUUCAGGCCAAAGAGUUCAAUCUUGUUUUCAUCAGAUCAGAGAGUCUUGUUUCUCAUGGUCUGAGAGUCCUUUAGGAGCCUUUUGGCAAACUCCAAGCGGGCUGUCCUGUGCCUUUUACUGAGGAGUGGCUUCCGUCUGGCCACUCUACCAUAAAGGCCUGAUUGGUGGAGUGCUGCAGAGGUUCUGGAAGGUUCUCCCAUCUCCACAGAGGAACUCUGGAGCUCUGUCAGAGUGACCAUCGGGAUCUUGGUCACCCAAUUGCUCAGUUUGGCCGGGCAGCCAGCUCUAGGAAGAGUCUUGGUGGUUCCAAACUUAUUCCCUUUAAGAAUGAUGAAGGCCACUGUGUUCUUGGGGACCUUCAAUGUUGCAGUCAUUUUUUGGUACCCUUCCCCAGAUCUGUGCCUCGACACAAUCCUGUCUCGGAGCUCUACGGACAAUUCCUUCGACCUGAUGGCUUGGUUUUUGCUCUGACAUGCACAGUCAACUGUGGGACCUUAUAUAGACAGGUGUGUGCCUUUCCAAAUCAUGUCCAAUCAAAUUGUAGAAACAUCUCAAGGAUGAUCAAUGGAAACAGGAUGCACCUGAGCUCAAUUUAGAGUCUCAUAGCAAAGGGUCUAAAUACUUAUGUAAAUAAGGUAUUUCUGUUUUUAAUUUUUAAUACAUUUACAAAAAAUUCUACAAACCUGUUUUUGCUUUGUCAUUAUGGGGUAUUGUGUGUAGAUUGCUGAGGAUUUUUAUUUAUUUAAUCCAUUUUAGAAUAAGGCUGUAACGUAACAAAAUAUGGAAAAAGUCAAGGGGUCUGAAUACUUUCCGAAGGCACUGUAUAUGACAUCAUCAUACCUUCUCCAGAGAGUUGAGUGCAUGCUGAGAGUUGUAGUUGUUUUGGCACAGGGCCUGGACAUCCUGAGAGGAGAUGAUUGGCUCUUUGAGCUGCUCCAGCCAGGACCACAUGAGACCAGCCAGCACCAUAGGGUCUCUCUCUAGACUCAGCCUCUCCCAGGCGCCUUCUCUGGAGUUCAGCUCUGUCUGCAGGACCACACACUAAUGUUUCAGUAGUCUACAUCAGACCUGGGUUCAAAUACUUGAUCUGUGUUUGAUUGAGCUGCCUGUUGCAAUGGAACCAAUAGAAAAGUCCCACAAAUUCAAACCCUGCCAAGCUAGCGCUCCAGGCAGGCUAAAGCAAACGCUGAAAGUAUUUUUAAAGAUUUCAAAUAGUAUUUGACCCCAGGUCUGGUGAACACCAAUCACAAUGUAACCCAGGUCUUGGUCAACACCAAUCACAAUGUAACCCCAGGUCUGGUCAACACCAAUCACAAUGUAACCCUGAAUGUGAAACUCAAAUAAAGAGUUACAAAAAAAACUAGAUACAGCUGGGUGCACAUAUCCUCCGAUAUCUUCCCACUAUAUACACACAUCAGUCAUAUCCUCCGAUAUCUUCCCACUAUAUAUACACAUCAGUCAUAUCCUCCGAUAUCUUCCCACUAUAUACACACAUCAGUCAUAUCCUCCGAUAUCUUCCCACUAUAUACACACAUCAGUCAUAUCCUCCGAUAUCUUCCCACUAUAUACACACAUCAGUCAUAUCCUCCGAUAUCUUCCCACUAUAUACACACAUCAGUCAUAUCCUCCGAUAUCUUCCCACUAUAUAUACACAUCAGUCAUAUCCUCCGAUAUCUUCCCACUAUAUACACACAUCAGUCAUAUCCUCCGAUAUCUUCCCACUAUAUACACACAUCAGUCAUAUCCUCCGAUAUCUUCCCACUAUAUACACACAUCAGUCAUAUCCUCCGAUAUCUUCCCACUAUAUACACACACAUCAGUCAUAUCCUCCGAUAUCUUCCCACUAUAUAUACACAUCAGUCAUAUCCUCCGAUAUCUUCCCACUAUAUACACACAUCAGUCAUAUCCUCCGAUAUCUUCCCACUAUAUAUACACAUCAGUCAUAUCCUCCGAUAUCUUCCCACUAUAUACACACAUCAGUCAUAUCCUCCGAUAUCUUCCCACUAUAUAUACACAUCAGUCAUAUCCUCCGAUAUCUUCCCACUAUAUACACACAUCAGUCGAACUGUCAUGUCUUACCUGCCACACUGAGACCUUGUAGCGGAGAUCUUCAUCCUUCAGGCCAAAAGCCAGAGCUCUGGCCACCAGCAAACGUCUAGCUUCCAGGGACAGCUCAGCAUACAGGGUGAUGACAGGGCGUUCUGUCAGCCUCUCCCUGUCCUCUCCGUUCUCUCUGUCCUCCCGUUCCUCUCUGUCCUCCCGUUCCUCUCUGUCUCCAGCCCUGUCUCCAGCCCUGUCUAUCCCACACACAGAUUCCUCUCCUCCUGUAGGGCUCAUCACAGGCAUAUCUCCUCUCCACGGCCUCCCCUCUGACAGCUCUUCUCCUAAAGGCUUGGACAGACUAUCCCCAAACCCAAAGGACAGACUUCGCUUGCCCUCACAGAGCUGCGCCCGCCUCUGGAACAGAGGAGACGUGUUCUUCUGGGUCAGGUGGUGAUCCUUCUCCUCAGAACUCCUGUCCUGUCCUCCUCGCCUUUCCUCCCUCGUCUGCUCUCCCACGGAGAAGGGGUGGUGCUGUGGAGGGAGGCUAGGGGACCUGGGGGAAUCCCAGGCUAAGGCUAGGUGGUGCUGGGGCUGGGUCAGAGGGCUGCAGCGAGGGAUGCUCCAGACCUGGUUCUGCUCCCGGUCCGGGUCUCGUCUGGGGUCUAGCUUAUACAGGGCUGAGUCGCUGUAGCUCAGCAAUCGUUUCCCCGGCUGCAGAGGCUUCAGUAGGGAGGCUGCCACCCUGUUCUGCCGCUGCCACAGAGGGUCCAGCUCCUGGUUGCUCCACAGAACUCGGUGGUGGGCCAGGGCUGGGCUGAGAGAGGGGUCUAGGAGUAGCGAUGGUUCCUGGGCCAGGGCUGGGCUGAGAGAGGGGUCUAGGAGUAGCGAUGGUUCCUGGGCCAGGGCUGGGCUGAGAGAGGGAUCUAGGAGUAGCGAUGGUUCCUGGGCCAGGGUUGGGCUGAGAGAGGGGUCUAGGAGUAGCGAUGGUUCCUGGAGUAGUACUAGGUUUGGAGUGAGAAGUCGUUCCAUGUGUAGUGUGUGGGUUAGGGCUGUCUCAGGUUGGGGACCAGGCUGGCAGGGUGAAGGCACAGGGAUGCCCUUCCCUCUCAUCUCCUUCCCCAGCAGCUGGAUGGCCUGCUGGGACACUGUCUUCUCCACCUCAGCCGUCAGGUCUGGAACCUCCACCACCUCCUCCUCCACCACCACCUUCAAUAACAUCAUCAUCAACAGUUAGGUCUGGAACCUCCACCACCUUCAAUAACAUCAUUAUCAACAGUUAGGUCUGGAACCUCCACCACCUUCAAUAACAUCAUCAUCAACAGUUAGGUCUGGAUCCUCCACCACCUUCAAUAACAUCAUUAUCAACAGUUAGGUCUGGAUCCUCCACCACCUCCUCCUCCACCACCUCCUCCUCCACCACCACCUUCAAUAACAUCAUCAUCAACAGUUAGGUCUGGAUCCUCCACCACCUCCUCCUCCACCACCUUCAAUAACAUCAUCAUCAACAGUUAGGUCUGGAUCCUCCACCACCUCCUCCUCCACCACCACCUCCUCCACCACCUUCAAUAACAUCAUCAUCAACAGUUAGGUCUGGAACCUCCACCACCUCCUCCUCCACCACCACCUCCUCCACCACCUUCAAUAACAUCAUCAUCAACAGUUAGGUCUGGAUCCUCCACCACCUUCAAUAACAUCAUUAUCAACAGUUAGGUCUGGAUCCUCCACCACCUUCAAUAACAUCAUCAUCAACAGUUAGGUCUGGAACCUCCACCACCUUCAAUAACAUCAUCAUCAACAGUUAGGUCUGGAACCUCCACCACCUUCAAUAACAUCAACAACCAAUCAAUCGGCAUCUUUAGUAUUAGUUUAUGUUUUACCUGUCCAUAAUACCAUAAUAAUGUAUUAUUACCUGUCCAUAAUACCAUAAUAAUGUAUUAUUACCUGUCCAUAAUACCAUAAUAAUGUAUUAUUACCUGUCCAUAAUACCAUGAUAAUGUAUUAUUACCUGUCUAUACCAUGAUAAUGUAUUAUUACCUGUCCAAAAUACCAUGAUAAUGUAUUCUUACCUGUUUAUACCAUGAUAAUGUAUUAUUACCUGUCUAUACCACGAUAAUGUAUUAUUACCUGUCCAUAAUACCAUAAUGUAUUAUUACCUUUCUAUACCAUGAUAAUGUAUUAUUACCUGUCUAUACCACGAUAGUGUAUUAUUACCUGUCUAUACCAUGAUAAUGUAUUAUUACCUGUCUAUACCAUGAUAGUGUAUUAUUACCUGUCUAUACCAUGAUAAUGUAUUAUUACCUGUCUAUACCAUAAAGUGUAUUAUUACCUGUCUAUACCAUGAUAGUGUAUUAUUACCUGUCUAUACCAUGAUAAUGUAUUAUUACCUGUCUAUACCAUGAUAAUGUAUUAUUACCUGUCUAUACCGUGAUAAUGUAUUAUUACCUGUCUAUACCAUGAUAAUGUAUUAUUACCUGUCCAUAAUACCAUGAUAAUGUAUUAUUACCUGUCUAUACCAUGAUAGUGUAUUAUUACCUGUCUAUACCAUGAUAGUGUAUUAUUACCUGUCUAUACCAUGAUAAUGUAUUAUUACCUGUCUAUACCAUGAUAAUGUAUUAUUACCUGUCUAUACCAUGAUAAUGUAUUAUUACCGGUCUAUACCAUGAUAAUGUAUUAUUACCUGUCUAUACCAUGAUAGUGUAUUAUUACCUGUCUAUACCAUGAUAAUGUAUUAUUACCUGUCUAUACCAUGAUAAUGUAUUAUUACCUGUCUAUAACAUGAUAAUGUAUUAUUACCGGUCUAUAUCAUGAUAAUGUAUUAUUACCCGUCUAUACCAUGAUAAUGUAUAAUUACAUGUCUAUACCACGAUAAUGUAUUAUUACCUGUCUAUACCACGAUAAUGUAUUAUUACCUGUCUAUACCACAAUAAUGUAUUAUUACCCGUCCAUACCAUGAUAAUGUAUUAUUACCCGUCUAUACCAUAAUAAUGUAUUAUUACACGUCUAUACCAUGAUAAUGUAUUAUUACCUGUCUAUACCAUGAUAAUGUAUUAUUACCUGUCUAUACCAUGAUAAUGUAUUACCUGUCCAUACCAUGAUAAUGUAUUAUUACCUGUCCAUACCAUGAUAAUGUAUUAUUACCUGUCUUUACCAUAAUAAUGUAUUUUUACCCGUCUAUACCAUGAUAAUGUAUUAUUACCUGUCUAUACCAUGAUAAUGUAUUAUUACCUGUCCAUAAUACCAUGAUAAUGUAUUAUUACCUGUCUAUACCAUGAUAAUGUAUUAUUACCUGUCCAUAAUACCAUGAUAAUGUAUUAUUACCUGUCUAUAUCAUGAUAAUGUAUUAUUACCUGUCUAUACCAUGAUAAUGUAUUCUUACCUGUCUAUACCAUGAUAAUGUAUUACCUGUCUGUUGGCAGCGAUGUCCAGGAGGACCUUGCAGAUCAGCUGGACGAUCUUUGGCACGUUCUUCAUCUGCCGCGCCUCGUACCCGUGCAGCAGGUGGCGCUGGCGAGUCAGGUACUGGGACAGCGUAACGGCGUUGGCCCGGGGUUCUGCGCAGGAGAACACGUUCCUCAACGGAACCAGGAACUGGGCGAACUCCCGGACACACAGCAGCUGGCCUCGGGUCUGGAUGGAGUUGGGCCGCUUGGCUCUGACGAACAGGAUGGCCUGGUCCGCACUCAUACGAGAGGUGAACACCAGAUAACACGCCAGUAACACACCUGGUAAACACAGAAACACCUGGUAAACAGAGUAACACACCUGCUAAACACAGAAACACCUGGUAAACACAGUAACACACCAUUAACACACCUGGUUAACACAGUAACACGCCAGGUAAACACAGUAACACACCUGGUAAACACAUUUACACACCUGGUAAACACAUUUACACACCUGGUAAACACAGUAACACAUCAGGUAAACACAGUAACACACCUGGUAAACACAUUUACACACCUGGUAAACACAUUUAAACACCUGUUAAACACAGUAACACAUCAGGUAAACACAGUAACACCUGAAUUGCAUGUCUCACAGUAACACACCUGGUAAACACAGUAACACACCUGGUAAACACAGAAACACCUGGUAAACACAGUAACACACCUGGUAAACAGAGUAACACACCUGGUAAACACAUUUACACACCUGGUAAACACAGAAACACCUGGUAAACACAGUAACACACCAUUAACACACCUGGUUAACAUAGAAACACGCCAGGUAAACACAGUAACACGCCAGGUAAACACAGUAACACACCUGGUAAACACAUUUACACACCUGGUAAACACAUUUACACACCUGGUAAACACAGUAACACACCUGGUAAACACAGUAACACACCUGGUAAACACAUUUACACACCUGGUAAACACAGAAACACCUGGUAAACACAGAAACACACCUGGUAAACACAGAAACACCUGGUAAACACAGUAACACACCAUUAACACACCUGGUAAACACAGAAACACCUGGUAAACACAGUAACACACCAUUAACACACCUGGUUACCAUAGAAACACACCUGGUAAACACAAUAACACGCCAGGUAAACACAGUAACACACCUGGUACCCACAUUUACACACCUGGUAAACACAGUAACACACCAGGUAAACGCAGUAACACCUGAAUUGCAUGUCUCACAGUAACACACCUGGUAAACACAGUAACACACGUGGUAAACACAUUUACACAACUGGUAAACACAGAAACACCUGGUAAACACAGUAACACACCAUUAACACACCUGGUUAACAUAGAAACACGCCAGGUAAACAAAGUAACACGCCAGGUAAACACAGUAACACACCUGGUAAACACAUUUACACACCUGGUAAACACAUUUACACACCUGGUAAACACAGAAACACCUGGUAAACACAGUAACACACCUGGUAAACAGAGUAACACACCUGGUAAACACAUUUACACACCUGGUAAACACAGAAACACCUGGUAAACACAGUAACACACCAUUAACACACCUGGUUAACAUAGAAACACGCCAGGUAAACACAGUAACACGCCAGGUAAACACAGUAACACACCUGGUAAACACAUUUACACACCUGGUAAACACAUUUACACACCUGGUAAACACAGUAACACGCCAGGUAAACACAGUAACACACCUGGUAAACACAUUUACACACCUGGUAAACACAGAAACACCUGGUAAACACAGAAACACACCAGGUAAACACAGAAACACCUGGUAAACACAGUAACCACCAUAACACACUGGUAAACACAGAACACCUGGUAAACACAGUAACACACCAGUUAACACACCUGGUACCAUAAACACACCUGGUAAACACAUAACACCUGGUAAACACAGUAACACACCUGGUACCACAUUACACACCUGGUAAACACAGUAACACACCGGUAAACACAGUAACACCAUGGUAACAGUAACACACCUGGUAACACAGUACACCUGGUAAACACACACAAACACAUGGUAACACACAGUUAACACACCUGGUAAACACAGUAACACACCUGGUAACAUACAGUAACACACCUGGUAAACACAGUAACACACCUGGUAAAAACACAGUAACAGUACACACCUGGUAAACACAGUAAACACCUGGUACCAGUACACACCAGGUAACACAGUACACACCGGUAAACCACAGGUAACACACCGGUAAACACAGUAACACACCUGGUAAACACAGUAACACACCUGGUAAACACAGUAACACACCAGGUAAACACAGUAACACACCUGGUAAACACAGUAACACACCGGUAAACACAGUACACACCAGGUAAAAGUACAACACCGGUAAACACAGUAACACACCAGGUAAACACAGUAACACACCUGGUAAACACAGUAACACACCUGGUAAACACAGUUACACACCUGGUAAACACAGUAACACACCUGGUAAACACAGUAACACACCUGGUAAACACAGUAACACACCUGGUAAACACAGUUAACACACCUGGUAAACACAGUAACACACCUGGUAAACACAGUUAACCACACAUACAACGGUAAAACCACAGUACACAACACACCUGGUAAACACAGUAACACACCUGGUAAACACAGUAACACACCUGGUAAACACAGUUACACACCUGGUAAACACAGUAACACACCUGGUAAACACAGUAACACACCUGGUAAACACAGUAACACACCUGGUAAACACAGUAACACACCUGGUAAACACAGUAACACACCUGGUAAACAGAGUAACACACCUAGAACUCAACCAGGGACAUGCUUGUAGCCGUAGUGCGGCAGAUAGCCUAGCGGUAAAGAGCGUUGGGCCAGUCACCGAAAGGUCACUAGUUCGAAUGCCAGAGCCAACAACAUGAAGAAUAUGCCAAUGUGCCCUUGAGCAAGGCACUAAUUAUUAGUAGUAACAUGCUUAGAACAAAUCUACUACUAAUCAAAUGUGACCGACAGCAUUGAUUUGGUCUUAUGUAGCCAAAUUUGAAAUUAUGUUUUUUACAUUGGAUAAAAGUAGAGACUCAGAGCUACAAAAUAAACCAUUUGAUUAAAUGAUGGUUUACACAACCUGCCAUCCCCAGCCUAUUAUAAUGUACCUGUCCUGUACCUGCCAUCCCCAGCCUAUUAUAACGUACCUGUCCUGUACCUGUCCUGUACCUGCCAUCCCCAGCCUAUUAUAACGUACCUGUCCUGUACCUGUCCUGUACCUGCCAUCCCCAGCCUAUUAUAACGUACCUGUCCUGUACCUGCCAUCCCCAGCCUAUUAUAACGUACCUGUCCUGUACCUGCCAUCCCCAGCCUAUUAUAACGUACCUGUCCUGUACCUGUCCUCCCAAGCCCUUAUAAUGUUCCUGUCCUGUUCUGCCCAGCCAUGUGACUUUAUAGGUUGUGUGAUGUUAUGAUUGGGUAGAUUUGAUGUACCUGUUCUCCCUAGGCCGGCGUGACAAUGCACGGCCAUCUUUCCCUCCUGGACGGCGAAAGACAUCACCUUGACCAUGUCCAGUAUAGUUGUUAGGGACGCCACGCCGUAGUCCUUCCAGCCAAAGUUAUAGAAAUAAACUGGAAACAGAGCAAAGAAAAGAUUACGUCUCACAGGAUGCACUAGAACAUCCCAGUUGGCACCCUAUUUCCUAUAUAAUGAAACUACUGGCCAAAGCAGAGCACUAUUUCGGAAAUAGGGGGCCAACUGGGAUGCAGGGGAACAUUAACUAUAAUCUACACCAACGCUGUGUCAUACAUUAUGACAAUAUGAAAAUACAUUGUUAAAAAGAAGGACGCCUGUGAAAUAAAUAUAGUUUCAUCCAAAAAGUCACUGUAUCUUUUUCUGUGUUCAAUUGAUUCAAUCUGAAGAAUGGUGUUCACAAUAUGACACAGGACAGGAAGACAUCUGACACAGGAAGACAUCUGACACAGAACAGGAAGACAUCUGACACAGAACAGGAAGACAGGAGAGCAUGCGAGCAGUAUACACUACUACAGACUCUCACUAUACAGACUCUCACUAUACAGACUCUCACUAUACAGACUCUCACUAUACAGACUCUCACUAUACAGACUCUCACUAUACAGACUCUCACUAUACAGACUCUCACUAUACAGACUCUCACGUACUACAGACUCUCACUUACAGACUCUCACUAUACAGACUCUCACUAUACAGACUCUCAGUACUACAGACUCCUACUACAACCCACUAUACAGACUCUCACUAUACAGACUCUCAGUACUACAGACUCUCAACUACAGACUCUCACUAUACAGACUCUCAUAUACAGACUCUCACUAUACAGACUCUCACGUACUACAGACUCUCACUAUACAGACUCUCAUAUACAGACUCUCACUAUACAGACUCACUAUACAGACUCUCAAUACAGACUCUCGCUCACUAUACAGACUCUCACUAUACAGACUCUCACUAACAGACUUCACUAUACAGACUCUCACUAUACAGACUCUCACUAUACAGACUCUCACUAUACAGACUCUCAGUACUACAGACUCUCACUAUACAGACUCUCACUAUACAGACUCUCACUAUACAGACUCUCACUAUACAGACUCUCACUAUACAGACCUAGUACUACAGACUCCACUAUACAGACUCUCACAUACCACAGACUCUCACUAUACAGACUCUCACUAUACAGACUCUCACUAACAGACUCUCACUAACAGACUCUCAGUAUACAGACUCUCACUAUACAGACUUCACUAUACAGACUCUCACUAUACAGACUCUCACUAUACAGACUCUCAGUACUAAGACUCUCAGUACUACAGACUCUCACUACAACAGACUCUCACUAACUACUCUCACUAACAGACUCUCAGUACUACAGACUCUCACUAUACAGACUCUCAGUACUACAGACUCUCAGUACUACAGACUCUCAGUACUACAGACUCUCACUAUACAGACUCUCACUAUACAGACUCUCACUACACAGACUCUCACUACACAGACUCUCACUACACAGACUCUCACUACACAUACUUCAUCUAUACAGACUCUCAGUACUACAGACUCUCACUAUACAGACUCUCACUACACAGACUCUCACUAUACAGACUCUCACUAUACAGACUCUCACUAUACAGACUCUCACUAUACAGACUCACUAACAGCUACUUACAGACUCUCACUAUACAGACUCUCAGUACUACAGACUCUCACUAUACAGACUCUCACUACUACAGACUCUCACUAUACAGACUCUCAGUACUACAGACUCUCACUAUACAGACUCUCACUAUACAGACUCUCACUAUACAGACUCUCAGUAUACAGACUCUCAUAUACAGACUCUCACUAUACAGACUCUCAUAUACAGACUCUCACUAUACAGACUCUCACUACUACAGACUCUCAUACAGACUCUCAGACUACAGACUCCACUAACAGACUUCAUUACAGACUCUCACUAUACAGACUCUCACUAUACAGACUCUCAGUACUACAGACUCUCAUAUACAGACUCUCACUAUACAGACUCUCACUAUACAGACUCUCAGUAUACAGACUCUCAUAUACAGACUCUCACUAACGACUCUCAUACACAGACUCUCACUAUACAGACUCUCAGUACUACAGACUCUCACUAUACAGACUCUCACUAUACAGACUCUCACUAUACAGACUCUCACUACAGACUCUCACUAUACAGACUCUCACUAGACAGCAACUCUCACUACUACAGACCCCAUACAGACUUCACUCUCACAACAGACUCUCACUAUACAGACUCUCACUAUACAGACUCACUUCAAGACUACUCACAGACUCUCACUUAAUUACUAAGACUCUCCAUAUACAGACUCUCAGUAUACAGACUCUCACUAUACAGACCUCACUAUACAACUUCACUAUACAGACUCUACUAUACAGACUCUCAUAUACAGACUCUCACUAUACAGACUCUCACUAUACAGACUCUCACUAUACAGCUCUCAAGCUAUACAGACUCUCAGUACUACAGACUCUCAGUAUACAGACUCUCACUAUACAGACUCUCACUAUACAGACUCUCACUAUACGACCCAUCGACUCUCAUAUACAGACUCUCAGUACUACAGACUCUCACUAUACAGACUCUCACUACAUCUCAUAACAGACUCUCUCAGCUUCAACUACAGACUCUCAGACUAACAGACUCUCACUACUACACGACUCUCACUAUACAGACUCUCACUAUACAGACUCAUCAACAGACUCACUACACAGACUCUCAGUACUACAGACUUCACUACAAUCACUCAGCUAUACAGACUCUCAGCUACUACAGACUCUCACUAUACAGACUCUCAGUACUACAGACUCUCACUAUACAGACUCUCACUACAGACCUCACUACAGACUCUCACUAUACAGACUCUCAGUACUACAGACUCUCACUACACAGACUCUCACUAUACAGACUCUCACUAUACAGACUCUCACUAUACAGACUCUCAGUACUACAGACUCUCACUAUACAGACUCUCAGUACUACAGACUCUCACUAUACAGACUCUCACUAUACAGACUCUCAUACUACAGACUCUCACUAUACAGACUCUCAUAUACAGACUCUCACUAUACAGACUCUCACUAUACAGACUCUCACUACUACAGACUCUCACUAUACAGACUCUCACUAAACUAGAUCAUCUCACUAUACAGACUCUCACUACUACAGACUCUCACUAUACAGACUCUCACUAUACAGACUCUCUCACUAUACAGACUCUCACUAUACAGACUCUCAGUAUACAGACUCUCACUAUACAGACUCUCACUACUACAGACUCUCAGUAUACAGACUCUCACUACUACAGACUCUCACUACACAGACUCUCACUACAAUCUACUAAGACUCUACACUACUACAGACUCUCACUAACAACUACAUGAUCAAAGCUCUCACUACGAUCUCACUAACAGACUCUCAGUAUACAGACUCUCACUAUACAGACUCUCACUAUACAGACUCUCACUAUACAGACUCUCAGUACUACAGACUCUCACUAUACAGACUCUCACUAUACAGACUCUCACUAUACAGACUCUCACUAUACAGACUCUCACUAUACAGACUCUCAGUACUACAGACUCUCAGUACUACAGACUCUCACUAUACAGACUCUCAGUACUACAGACUCUCACUAUACAGACUCUCACUAUACAGACUCUCACUAUACAGACUCUCAGUACUACAGACUCUCACUAUACAGACUUCUCACUAUUACAGACUCUCAUAUACAGACUCUCACUAUACAGACUCUCAGUACUACAGACUCUCAUACUACAGACUCUCACUAUACAGACUCUACUACAGAUCACUAACAGACUCUCACUAUACAGACUCUCAUAUACAAGACUCUCACUAUACAGACUCUCACUAUACAGACUCUCACUAUACAGACUCUCACUAUACAGACUCUCACUAUACAGACUCUCACUAUACAGACUCUCACUAUACAGACUCUCACUAUACAGACUCUCAGUACUACAGACUCUCACUAUACAGACUCUCACUAUACAGACUCUCAUAUACAGACUCUCACUAUACAGACUCUCAGUACUACAGAACUCUCACUAUACAGACUCUCACUAUACAGACUCUCACUAUACAGACUCUCACUAUACAGACUCUCAGUACUACAGACUCUCACUAUACAGACUCUCACUAUACAGACUCUCACAUACAGACUCUCAGUACUACAGACUCUCACUAUACAGACUCUCACUAUACAGACUCUCACUAUACAGACUCUCAGUACUACAGACUCUCAGUACUACAGACUCUCACUAUACAGACUCUCACUAUACAGACUCUCAUAUACAGACUCUCAUACUACAGACUCUCUCACUAUACAGACUCUCAGUACUACAGACUCUCACUAUACAGACUCUCAGUAUACAGACUCUCAUACUACAGACUCUCACUAUCAGACCUCACUACUACAGACUCUCACUAUACAACCCUCAGACUACAAGACUCUCAGUACUACAGACUCUCAUAUACAGACUCUCAGACUUACUACAGACUCUCACUAUACAGACUCUCACUAUACAGACUCUCAGUACUACAGACUCUCACUAUACAGACUCUCAGUACUACAGACUCUCACAGAUACUACAGACUCUCACUAUACAGACUCUCAUACUACAGACUCUCAGUACUACAGACUCCACUACUACAGACUCUCACUACUACAGACUCUCACUAUACAGACUCUCACUAACAGACUCUCAUAUACAGCUCUAUAUACGACUCACUAUACAGACUCUCAUACUACAGACUCUAGCCUCUACAGACUCUCACUAUACAGACUCUCAGUACUACAGACUCUCACUAUACAGCUCACUAUACAGACUCUUAAGCUCUACAUACAGACUCUCAUACUACAGACUCUCACUAUACAGACUCUCAUACACAGACUCUCACUAUACAGACUCUCACUACUUACAGUACUUCAGCACAUUACAGACUCUCAGUACUACAGACUCUCAUAUACAGACUCUCACAUACAGACUCUCACUAUACAGACUCUCACUAUAAGACUCUCAGUACUACAGGCCUCAUACUACAGACUCUCACUAUACAGACUCUCACUACUACAGACUCUCACUAUACAGACUCCUCACUAUACAGACUCUCAGUACUACAUAUCUACGACCUCAUACAGACUCUCACUAUAAGACUUCACUAACAGACUCUCACUAUACAGACUUCCUAUACAGAUACUAUAGUACUACAGACCUCUCAGUACUACAGACUCUCACUAUACAGACUCUCACUAUACAGACUCUCACUAUACAGACUCCACUAUACAGACUACUCAGUACUACAGACUCUCAGUACUACAGACUCCACUAUACAGACUCUCAGUACUACAGACUCUACUACAGACUCUCACUAUACGACUCUCAGUACUACAGACUCUCACUAUACAGACUAUAAGUCUAAACUUACAUAUACAGAUCACUAUACAGACUCUCUACUACAGACUUCACAUACAGACUCUCAUACUACAGACUUCACUAUCAGACUUCUUACAGACUCAUAUCAGACUUACUGACCUACUACAGACUCUCACUAUACAGACUAACUCAGCUACUACAGAUACUAUAUACAGACUCUCUACUUACAGCUCUCACUAUACAGACCUACUAUACAGACUCUCAGUACUACAGACUCUCAGUACUACAGACUACUCGUACUACGACUAUCAGUACUACAGACUCUCACUAUAGUACUACAGUACUACUAGACUCUCACUACGACCUAGCUACAGUCUAUUACGACUUACUGCCUGACUACAGUUCUAUAGACUCUAGCUAUCAGCUGUACUAUAAGACUACUGCUACAGUCAUAUAGACUACUGCCUGCUUUACAGUACAUAGACUACUGCUACAGUACAUAGACUACUGCCCUACAGUUACUAUAGACUAGACUCGCUACAGUACUAUAGACUACUGCUGCUACAGUACUAUAGACUAUGCUGCUACAGUACUAUAGACUACUGCUUACAGUACUAUAGACACUCUGCUACAGUACUAUAGACUACUGCUGCUACAGUACUAUAGACUACUGCUUACAGUACUAUAGACUACUGCUGUACUAUCAGACUACUGAUCAGACUACUGACUCUGCUACAGUACUAUAGACUACUGCUACAGUACUAUAGACUACUCCCUACAGUACUAUAGAUACUGCUCAGUACUAUAGACUACUGCUACAGUACUAUAGACUACUGCUACAGUACUAUAGACUACUGCUACAGAACUAUAGACUACUGCUACAGUACUAUAGACUACUGCUACAGUACUAUAGACUACUGCCUGCUACAGUACUAUAGACUACUGCCUGCUACAGUACUAUAGACUACUGCUGCUACAGUACUAUAGACUACUGCCUGCUACAGUACUAUAGACUACUGCCUGCUACAGUACUAUAGACUACUGCCUGCUACAGUACUAUAGACUACUGCUACAGUACUAUAGACUACUGCUACAGUACUAUAGACUACUGCCUGCUACAGUACUAUAGACUACUCUGCUACAGUACUUUUAGACUACUGCUACAGUACAUAGACUACUGCGCUACAGUACUAUAGACUACCCCGAGUCUUGCUAUGUACAGUACUAUAGACUACUGCUGCUACAGUACUAUAGACUACUGCUGUACAGUACUAUAGACUACUGCUAUCUAAGACUAUGACUCUGCUACGUACUAUAGACUACUGCUGACAGUACUAUAGACUACUGCCUGCUACAGUACUAUAGACUAACUGCUACAGUACUAUAGACUACCUGUCCAGUACUAUAGACUACUGCUGCUACAGUACUAUAGACUACUGCUGACGGGUAUAUAGUACUACUACUGCUACAGUACUAUAGACUACUGCUGCUAAGUACUAUAGACUACUUGCUACAGUACUUAGCUUAGCUGCACAUACAUAGAUACUGCUGACAGUACUAUAGACUACUGCUACUCAGUACAUAGACUACUGCCUGCUAGUACUAUAGACUACUGGCUACAGUACUAUAGUCACUAUGCUCAAGUACUAUGAUUGUACUACUAGCUGUACAGUACUAUAGACUACUGCUGUACAGUACUAUAGACUACGCUACAGUACUAUGUAGCCUAGUACUAUGACUACGCUAAGUACUAUAGAUACUGCACACUAGCUACUGUCAGUACUAUAGAUAUGCCGCUACAGUACUUAGACUACUGCUACAGCUAACCAGACUAUGUACUCAGUAUAGCCAAUGUACACGUAAUAGACUAUGGCUACAGUACUAUAGACACUGCUGCUACAGUAUAUAGUACUGCACUGCUACAGUAGCUAAGAUUGUUACAGUCUAGUAGACUAUGCGUACAGUAUAUAGACUUGCGCUCAGUACUAUAGCUACUGUCAGUACUAUAGACUAUGCUACAGUACUAUAGUACUGUCAGUACUAAGACAGAUUGUACUUAUUAGCCAAAGUCACGCUGAAAACUGUUGCGUAUCAGUUAGUCAAGUAGCUACAAGGUAACUUAAAGUUAUAUCAUCAGUUCACUAGUACAGAUGAUACUCAGUUAGUCCAUGUCAGCUAACAGAUUGGUACUCAGUUAGUCCAUGUCAGCUAACAGAUUGGUACUCACCUAGUCCAUGUCAGCUAACAGAUUGGUACUCAGUUAGUCAUGUCAGCUAACAGAUUGGUACUCAGUUAAGUCAUCAGAUGUCAGAUCAAGUCAGCCGAUUGGUAACUCAGUUAGUCCAUGUCAGCUAACAGAUUGGUACUCAGUUAGUCCAUGUCAGCUAACAGAUUGGUACUCAGUUAGUCCAUGUCAGCUAACAGAUUGGUACUCAGUUAGUCCAUGUCAGCUAACAGAUUGGUACUCACCUAGUCCAUGUCAGCUAACAGAUUGGUACUCAGUUAGUCUAUGUCAGCUAACAGAUUGGUACUCAGUUAGUCCAUGUCAGCUAACAGAUUGGUACUCAGUUUUUCCAUGUCAGCUAACAGAUUGGUACUCACCUAGUCCAUGUCAGCUAACAGAUUGGUACUCAGUUAGUCUAUGUCAGCUAACAGAUUGGUACUCAGUUAGUCCAUGUCAGCUAACAGAUUGGUAACUCAGUUAGUCCAUGUCAGCUAACAGAUUGGACUCACCUAUAGUCCAUGUCAGCUAACAGAUUGGUACUCAGUUAGUCUAUGUCAGCUAACAGAUUGGUACUCAGUUAGUCUAUGUCAGCUAACAGAUUGGUACUCAGUUAGUCCAUGUCAGCUAACAGAUUGGUACUCAGUUAGUCCAUGUCAGCUAACAGAUUGGUACUCAGCUAGUCCAUGUCAGCUAACAGAUUGGUACUCAGUUAGUCCAUGUCAGCUAACAGAUUGGUACUCAGUUAGUCCAUGUCAGCUAACAGAUUGGUACUCAGUGUAGUCCAUGUCAGCUAACAGAUUGGUACUCAGUUAGUCCAUGUCAGCUAACAGAUUGGUACUCACCUUAGUCCAUGUCAGCUAACAGAUUGGUACUCAGCUAGUCCAUGUCAGCUAACAGAUUGGUAACUCAGCUAGUCCAUGUCAGCUAACAGAUUGGUACUCAGCUAGUCCAUGUCAGCUAACAGAUUGGUACUCAGUUAGUCCAUGUCAGCUAACAGAUUGGUACUCAGUUAGUCCAUGUCAGCUAACAGAUUGGUACUCAGUUAGUCCAUGUCAGCUAACAGAUUGGUACUCAGUUAGUCCUAUGUCAGCUAAACAGAUUGGUACUCAGUUAGUCCAUGUCAGCUAACAGAUUGGUACUCUCAGUUAGUCCAUGUCAGCUAACAGAUUGGUACUCACCUAGUCCAUGUCAGCUAACAGAUUGGUACUCAGUUAGUCCAUGUCAGCUAACAGAUUGGUACUCAGUUAGUCCAUGUCAGCUAACAGAUUGGUACUCAGCUAGUCCAUGUCAGCUAACAGAUUGGUACUCAGUUAGUCCAUGUCAGCUAACAGAUUGGUACUCAGUUAGUCCAUGUCAGCUAACAGAUUGGUACUCAGCUAGUCCAUGUCAGCUAACAGAUUGGUACUCAGCUAGUCCAUGUCAGCUAACAGAUUGGUACUCAGCUAGUCCAUGUCAGCUAACAGAUUGGUACUCAGCUAGUCCAUGUCAGCUAACAGAUUGGUACUCAGCUAGUCCAUGUCAGCUAACAGAUUGGUACUCAGCUAGUCCAUGUCAGCUAACAGAUUGGUACUCAGUUAGUCCAUGUCAGCUAACAGAUUGGUACUCAGUUAGUCCAUGUCAGCUAACAGAUUGGUACUCAGCUAGUCCAUGUCAGCUAACAGAUUGGUACUCAGCUAGUCCAUGUCAGCUAACAGAUUGGUACUCAGCUAGUCCAUGUCAGCUAACAGUGCCCAGCUAUCUAAACGUAGUAAUCAUGGUCCAGCCAGGGGCCCCCAUUGAUUUUGUUAGUCAGUCUCACUUAGAUAUCAUAUAGAGUUGAAGUCGGAAGUUUACAUACACUUAGGUUGGAGUCAUUAAAACUCGUUUUUUCAACCACUCCACAAAUUUCUUGUUAACAAACUAUAGUUUUGGCAAGUCGGUUAGGACAUCUACUUUGUGCAUGACACAAGUAAUUUUUCCAACAAUUGUUUACAGACAGAUUAUUUCACUUAUAAUUCACUGUAUCACAAUUCCAGUGGGUCAGAAGUUUACAUACACUAAGUAGACUUUGCCUUUAAACAGCUUGGAAAAUUCCAGAAAAUGAUGUCAUGGCAUUAGACGCUUCUUAUAGGCUAAUUGACAUGAUUUGAGUCAAUUGGAGGUGUAUUUGUGAAUGUAUUUCAAGGCCUACCUUCAAACUCAGUGCCUCUUUGCUUGACAUCAUGGGAAAAUCAAAAGAAAUCAGCCAAGACCUCAGCAAAAAAAUUCUAGACCUCAACAAGUCUGGUUCAUCCUUGGGAGCAAUUUCCAAACGCCUGAAGUUACCACGUUCAUCUGUACAAACAAUAGUACGCAAGUAUAAACACCAUGGGACCACGCAGCCGUUAUACCGCUCAGGAAGGAGACGCGUUCUCCUAGAGAUGAACGUACUUUGGUGCGAAAAGUGCAAAUCAAUCCCAGAACAACAGCAAAGGACCUUGUGAAGAUGCUGGAGGAAACAGGUACAAAAGUAUCUAUAUCCACAGUAAAACGAGUCCUAUAUCGACAUAACCUGAAAGGCUGCUCAGCAAGGAAGAAGCCAAUGCUCCAAAACCGCCAUAAAAAAGACAGACUACGGUUUGCAACUGCACAUGGGGACAAGUAUUGUACUUUUUGGAGAAAUAUCCUCUGGUCUGAUGAAACAAAAAUAGAACUGUUUGGCCAUAAAUACCAUCGUUAUGUUUGGAGGAAAAAGGGGGUAGCUUGCAAGCCGAAGAACACCAUCCCAACCGUGAAGCACGGGGGUGGCAGCAUCAUGCUGUGGGGUGCUUUGCUGCAGGAGGAACUGGUGCACUUCACAAAAUAGAUGGCAUCAUGAGGAAGGAAAAUUAUGUGGAUAUAUUGAAGCAACAUCUCAAGACAUCAGUCAGGAAGUUAAAGCUUGGUCGCAAAUGGGUCUUCCAAAUGGACAAUGACCCCAAGCAUACUUCCAAAGUUGUGGCAAAAUGGCUUAAGGACAACAGUGUCAAGGUAUUGGAGUGGCCAUCACAAAGCCCCGACCUCAAUCCUAUUGAACAUUUGUGGGCAGAACUGAAAAAGCGUGUGCGAGCAAGGAGGCCUACAAACCUGACUCAGAUACACCAGCUCUGUCAGGAGGAAUGGGCCAAAAUUCACCCAACUUAUUGUGGGAAGCUUGUGGAAGGCUACCCGAAACGUUUGACGCAAGUUAAACAAUUCAAAGGCAAUGCUACCAAAAUACUAAUUGAGUGUAUGUAAACUUCUGACCCACUGGGAAUGUGAUGAAAGAAAUAAAAGCUGAAAUAAAUCAUUCUAUCUACUAUUAUUCUGACAUUUCACAUUCUUAAAAUAAAGUGGUGAUCCUAACUGACCUAAGACAGGGAAUUUUUACUAGGAUUAAAUGUCAGGAAUUGUGAAAAACUGAGUUUAAAUGUAUUUGGCUAAGGUGUAUGUAAACUUCAACUGUAGAAUACUGCAAACAUUUCUCUCCACCCUAUGGCAAAAUAUUUAGACUUGCAGGAAAUUAGCUGGAAAACAGCACAUUUUCAUCUCCGCCCCAUAGCAAAAUGAGUAAAAUUACAUGACAUUAGUUAUACAAUUGCAAAGGUGGAUCACUGGCCACGGGCAGCAUUUGGUAAGCUAACACACCCACACACACACUCACCUCCACCUCCCUGCUCCGUUUUCAGGUCCGUUAGCAAUGUGGGUUGACACACAAGUUAACUUAUCGAUCUCAGUUCAUACAUUACACACAUUGUUCUUACCUCCCUUCAGUAACAUGGCAAAAUGUGUAGAAUUGCACGAAAUCAACUCUAAAACGUUAAACAAUGGUUAUCCCCUGUCAAAAGGGGGGCACCUAAAAUAUUUAGCUCGCUAUGUGGCGGUGGUGGGGGGGGGGGGGGGGGGGGGUAUGUUGUUAGGCAUCAAUGGAAAGUCCUGAGGUAUACAUUCUAUAAUCUACAGUGUGUGUUGUGUGUGUGUGUGUGUGUGUGUGUGUUGUGUGUAGCUGCAGAAAAACCAAUCUCAGGAGAGCUCGUUAGCCACAGGAUGUCAGAGGGUUGCUAGCUCAGCUCACAGAGGACCUACUUUCUAUAGGAUCAACAGUAAGAUAAUCACUGGCUAUGGUAAUGAACACACACUGUUAGAUGAGGUUGGAUCAACAGUAAGAUAAUCACUGGCUAUGGUAAUGAACACACGCUGUUAGAUGAGGUUGGAUCAACAGUAAGAUAAUCACUGGCUAUGGUAAUGAACACACACUGUUAGAUGAGGUUGGAUCAACCGUAAGAUAAUCACUGGCUAUGGUAAUGAACACACGCUGUUAGAUGAGGUUGGAUCAACCGUAAGAUAAUCACUGGCUAUGGUAAUGAACACACACUGUUAGAUGAGGUUGGAUCAACAGUAAGAUAAUGUACUGGCUAUGGUAAUGAACACACACUGUUAGAUGAGGUUGGAUCAACAGUAAGAUAAUGCACAGGCUAUGGUAAUGAACACACACUGUUAGAUGAGGUUGGAUCAACGGUAAGAUAAUGCACUGGCUAUGGUAAUGAACACACACUGUUAGAUGAGGUUGGAUCAACAGUAAGAUAAUGCACUGCAGAAAAAAAAGGGCUACAAUAAGAAUUAUUCAGUACUUCUCUGUUGGAGCAACAUCCCCUAAACUACACUAGCUCAUAUAAAUACCUUGGAUUCCUUUCUGAUGGAUGUAUAAAGUCUCUAUCAGAUUGUGCAGGCAGAGCGUUGGGGUCUGUUGGUAGUACACUGAACAUCUAUAAGACCUUGGCUAUUGGACAUAUUCACAGCUCUAGAAUGAAUGUGUUUCUCCUGUACUGAACUAUGCUGCUGGAAUCUGGGUUUGUAAAGAAUCCAAAACAGCUAACUCUAUUCAAAACAGAGACAUGGAUGUUUCCUUGGAAAACAGAGACAUAGAUGUUUCCUUGGAAAACAGAGACAUAGAUGUUUCCUUGGAAAACAGAGACAUAAAUGUUUCCUUGGAAAACAGAGACAUAGAUGUUUCCUUGGAAUGCAUAAGCUUGCCCCAACACAUGUUUAGAAAUAAGUUAUGACGCAAUGUCAACAUGAUCAAACAUAAGUUAACACUUAGCUACGAAGAAAAAUUGGCAACUGAUAUACAGUGCCUUCAGAAAGUAUUCACACCCCUUGACUUUUUCCACAUUUUGUUGUGUUACAGCCUGAAUUUAAAAUGGAUCAAAUGUAUAUAUAUUGUUUCACUGGCCUACACACAAUACCCCAUAAUGUCAAAGUGGAAUUAUGUUUGACAAAUUAAUUUAAAACGAAAAGUUAAAAUAUCAUGAGUCAAUAAAGUAUUCAACCCCUUUGUUAUGGUAAGUCUAAAUAUGUUCUGGAGUAAAACUGUGCUUAACAAGUCACAUAAUAAUGUGUGUAAUAAUAGUUUUAACAUGAAUGACUACCUCAUCUCUGUACCCCACACAUACAAUGAUCUGUAAGGUCCCUCAGUCGAGCAGUGGAUUUCAAACACAGAUUCAACCACAAAGACCAGGGAGGUUUUCCAAUGCCUCGCAAAGAAGGGCUCCUAUUGGUAGAUGGGUACAAAUAAAAAAGUAAGAUAUUGAAUAUCUCUUUGAGCAUGGUGAAGCUAUUAAUUACACUUUGGAUGGUGUAUCAAUACACCCAGUCACUACAAAGAUACAGGCGUCCUUCCUAACUCAGUUGCCGGAGAGGAAGGAAACCGCUCAGGGAUUUCACCAUGAGGCCAAUGGUGACUUUAAAACUGUUACAGAGUUUAAUGGCUGUGAGAACACUGGGUAUUCUAUAUUCUCUGUGUAUUCUAUACUCUAUAUUCUCUGUGUAUUCUAUAUUAUAUAUUCUCUGUGUAUUCUAUAUUAUAUAUUCUCUGUGUAUUCUAUAUUCUCUGGGUAUUCUAUAUUAUAUAUUCUCUGUGUAUUCCUUUAUUCUCUGUGUAUUCUAUAUUCUACAUUCUCUGUGUAUUCUAUAUUCUAUAUUAUCUGUGUAUUCUAUAUUCUCUAUGUAUUCUAUAUUCUCUGUGUAUUCUAUAUUAUAUAUUCUCUGUGUAUUCUAUAUUAUCUGUGUAUUGUAUAUUCUAUAUGGUCUGUGUAUUCUAUAUUGUGUAUGUAUUCAGGGUCCCCUGUAGCUCAGUUGGUAGAGCAUGGCGCUUGCAACGCCAGGGUUGUGGGUUCGUUUCCCAAGGGGGGCCAGUAUGAAAAUGUAUGCACUCACUAACUGUAAGUCGCUCUGGAUAAGAGUGUCUGCUAAAUGACUAAAAUGUAAUGUUGUAGUUACUCCACAAUACUAACCUAAUUGACAGAGUGAAAAGAAGGAAGCCUGUUCAAAAUAAAAAAUAUUGUAAAACAUGCAUCCUGUUUGCAAAAAGGCACUAAAGUAAUACUGCAAAAAAUGUGGCUAAGCAAUUAACUUCUUGUCCUGAAUACAAAGUGUUAUGUUUGGGGCAAAUCCAAUACAACACAUUACUGCGUUCCAUAUUUUCAAGCAUAGUGGUGGCUGAAUCAUGUAAUAGGUAUGCUUAUAAUUGUUAAGGACUGGGGAGUUUUUUAGGAUAAAAAAGAAACAGAAUGGAGCUAAGCACAGGCAAAAUCCUAGAGGAAAAUCUGGUUCAGUCUGCUUUCCACCAGACACUGGGAGAUGAGUUCAUCUUUCAGCAGGACAAUAACCUAAAACACAAGGCCAAAUCUAGACUGGAGUUGGUUACCAAGAAGAUUGUGAAUGUUCCUGAGUGGUCGAGUUACGGUUUUGAAUUAAAUCUACUUGAAAAUCUAUGGCAAGACCUGAAAAUGUUUAUCUAGCAAUGAUCAACAACCAAUUUGAGCUUGAAGAAUUUUAAAAAGAAUAAUGGGCAAAUGUUGCACAAACCAGGUGUGGAGACUUACAGUGGGGAGAACAAGUAUUUGAUACACUGCCGAUUUUGCAGGUUUUCCUACUUACAAAGCAUGUAGAGGUCUGUAAUUGUUAUCAUAGGGACACUUCAACUGUAAGAGACAGAAUCUAAAACAAAAAUACAGAAAAUCACAUUGUAUGAUUUUUAAGUAAUUAAUUUGCAUUUUAUUGCAUGACAUAAGUAUUUGAUCACCUACCAACCAGUAAGAAUUCUGGCUCUCACAGACCUGUUAGUUUUUCUUUAAGAAGCCCUCCUGUUCUCCACUCAUUACCUGUAUUAACUGCACCUGUUUGAACUCGUUACCUGUAUAAAAGACACCUGUCCACACACUCAAUCAAACAGACUCCAACCUCUCCACAAUGGCCAAGACCAGAGAGCUGUGUAAGGACAUCAGGGAUAAAAUUGUAGACCUGCACAAGGCUGGGAUGGGCUACAGGACAAUAGGCAAGCAGCUUGGUGAGAAGGCAACAACUGUUGGCGCAAUUAUUAGAAAAUGGAAGAAGUUCAAGAUGACGGUCAAUAACCCUCGGUCUGGGGCUCCAUGCAAGAUCUCACCUCAUGGGGCAUCACUGAUCAUGAGGAAGGUGAGGGAUCAGCCCAGAACUACACGGCAGGACCUGGUCAAUGACCUGAAGAGAGCUGGGACCACAGUCUCAAAGAAAACCAUUAGUAACACACUACGCCGUCAUGGAUUAAAAUCCUGCAGCGCACGCAAGGUCCCCCUGCUCAAGCCAGCGCAUGUCCAGGCCCGUCUGAAGUUUGCCAAUGACCAUCUGGAUGAUCCAGAGGAGGAAUGGGAGAAGGUCAUGUGGUCUGAUGAGACAAAAAUAGAGCUUUUUGGUCUAAACUCCACUCGCCGUGUUUGGAGGAAGAAGAAGGAUGAGUACAACCCCAAGAACACCAUCCCAACCGUGAAGCAUGGAGGUGGAAACAUCAUUCUUUGGGGAUGCUUUUCUGCAAAGGGGACAGGGUUAGGGGAAAGGGGAUAAUUUGCAAAUAAAUUCAUUAAAAAUCCUACAAUGUGAUUUUCAGGAUUUUCUUUUCUCAUUUUGUCUGUCAUAGUUGACGUGUACCUGUGAUGAAAAUUACAGGCCUCUCUCAUCUUUUUAAGUGGGAGAACUUGCACAAUUGGUGGCUGACUAAAUACUUUUUUCCCCCACUGUAUGUAUGUAUGUAUAUAUAUACAGUGCCCUCCACAAUUAUUGGCACCCCUGUUUAAGAUGUGGUCGAGGACUUCCAAAAAUUCUCCUUUUUUUUUUUAACAACAUAGAACCCAAAUGCAAAAAAAGAGAAAAAUCCAACCUUUUAUUUAAGUACAUUACUUUGGUGGUAAAAAAAAAAUCAAAAAUUUAAAUAAAAAAAACUUGAAAUCAUGUGUCCCACAAUUAUUGGCACCCCUAACAAUUCCGCUGAAAUUUUUAAUUGAUUUUUUUAAAAAUAUAUUUUUCUGUAGUUGCUAAAGUUGGUCAGGGUAUCUAGGAACUUUUAAUUAGUAAUUCAUGACUUCCUGUUUCCCUGGGGUAUAAAUAUGACGUGACACAGAGGCCUAAUUCUCUUACCCAUUUGUCAACAUGGCAAAGACAAGAGAACACACCAUUCAAGUAAGGCAGAUUUGUGUCGACCUUCAUAAGUCAGGCAAUGGCUACAAGAAAACAGCCACUCGCCUUAACUUGCCCGUAUCUACAGUCAGAGGAAUCAUUAAGAAGUUUUAAACAACUGGAACAGUGACAAACAAGGCUGGAAGAGGUCCCAAGUUUAUCUUGCCACAACGCACAGUGAGGAGGAUGGUAAGAGAAGUAAAAAAAAGUCCUAAGCUCACUGUCACAGAAUUGCAUCAAAGAGUGGCAUCUUGGGGUCACAACGUCUCCAAAACAACCAUCAGACAUUUUACAUUUACAUUUUAGUCAUUUAGCAGACGCUCUUAUCCAGAGCGACUUACAUAUUUUUUUUUUAUACUGGCCCCCCGUGGGAAACGAACCCACAACCCUGGCGUUGCAAACGCCAUGCUCUAUCAACUGAGCUACAUCCCUGCCGGCCAUUCCCUCCCCUACCCUGGACGACGCUGGGCCAAUUGUGCGCCGCCCAUGAGUCUCCCGGUCGCGGCCGGCGGCGACAGAGCCUGGAUUCGAACCAGGAUCUCUAGUGGCACAGUUAGCACUGCGAUGCAGUGCCUUAGACCACUGCGCCACUCAGGAGUAAUGGGCCAAACGCUCUCUACAUGCCAACAAGCUGUUUGGGAGGCAUGCAAGGAAAAAGCCUUUUCUCACUAACACUCACAAACGUAAACAUCUGGAGUUUGCUAAGCGGCACUGGGACUUCAACUGGGAUCGUGUGCUUUGGUCAGAUGAGACUAAGAUUGAGCUUUUUGGCAACAAACACUCUAAGUGGGUCUGGCGUAAAACAAAAGAUGAGUAUGCCGAAAAGCACCUCAUGCCCACCGUGAAGUAUGGUGGAGGAUCUGUGAUGCUGUGGGCCUGUUUCUCUUCCAAAGGCCCUGGGAACCUUGUUAGGGUGCAUGGCAUUAUGAACGCUUUGAACUACCAGGACAUUUUAAAUAAAAACCUGAUGGCCUCUGCCAGAAAGCUGAAGAUGGGUCGUCAUUGGGUCUUUCAGCAGGAUAAUGAUCCAAAACAUGUGGCAAAAUCUACACAAAAAUGGUUCAGCAGUCACAAACUCAAGGUCCUCCCAUGGCCAUCUCAGUCCCCAGACCUCAACCCAAUCGAAAACCUGUGGGGCGAGCUAAAGAGGAGAGUGCAUAAGAGAGGACCCAGGACACUGGAUGAUCUAGAAAGAUUGUGCAAAGAAGAAUGGUCAAAGAUCCCUCUCUCUGUGUUCUCCAAUCUUGUGAAAUGUUAUAGGAGGAGAUUAAGUGCUGUCUUGUUGGCAAAAGGGGGUUGUACAAAGUAUUAACAUCAGGGGUGCCAAUAAUUGUGGGACACAUGAUUUCAAGUUUUCUUUUUUCUAAAUGUGUGAUUUUUUUUUUUUUACACCAAAGUAAUGUACUUAAAUAAAAGGUUGGAUUUUUCUCUUUUUUUUGCAUUUGGGUUCUAUGUUGUUUAAAAAAAAAUGAGAAUUUUUGGAAGUCCUCGACCACAUCUUAAACAGGGGUGCCAAUAAUUGUGGAGGGCACUGUAUAUAUAUAUAUAUAUAACAAUACACAGAAUUCCCAAAUUAAAAUGAAGAAAUGUCAGAAUGAUCAAAGUCAGAAUCCAAUAUUAUAUUUUAAUAUAAUUCCAAUAUUCCGGAUUCUGACAUUCAUCAUUCUGACAUUUCUUAAUUUCUUUCUUUUAAUUUUUGGGAUUUCUGCGUAUUGUUAGGUAUUGUUAGGUAUACUGCACUGUUGGAGCUAGAAACAUAAGUAUUUCGCUGCACCUGCGAUAACAUUUGCUAAAUAUGUUUAUGCGACCAAUAAAACAUGAAUUGAUUUCCAGUCCAGUCAUUGACUGAAAUCCCUAUCACCAUCACAUCAUUAUAUUCCCAUUAUUAACCCAGUAAGUUAGCUAACAGGUUGGCACUGCCUCAGUGCUUUAUACUCUAUAUACUAUGGGUUCAGAAUGACACAUAAGACAAUCAACAUGUCAUUAACUUAUCAUCAGCAUACUGUUACAUGUACAACCACAAUGUACACACCUCUACACACUACUACACACCUCUACACACUGCUACUACACACUGCUACUACACACUACUACACACUGCUACACACUGCUACACACUGCUACACACUGCUGCUACACACCUCUACACACUGCUGCUACACACUACUACACACUGCUGCUACACACUACUACACACCGCUGCUACACACUGCUGCUACACCACACUGUAUAUAUGUAGGUAUGUACAGUAUGUGUUUGUGUACGUAGGUAUGUGUAGGUAGGUAUGUAUGUACGUGUGUUUGUGUGUGUACGUAGGUAUGUAUGUGUGUUUGUGUGUGUACGUAGGUAUGUAUGUGUAGGUAGGUAUGUGAAUAAAUAAGUAUAUUAUUUGGAUACUACAGUGUGUUAUAAGACCACGUGGGCUGGGCAUCAUGAAGAUGACAUCAUAAUCAAAUGAAUCAAAUACUGCUAGGUCAGUCAGGGUGGUGUGUGAUAUCAGAAAACAUUACACACUAGUAUUCCCUCGUCACUGACUCUUACCUGGCUAGUUAAUAUAUGAGAAAGUGUAAAGAGAGAGAGAGACAGACAGAGAGAGAGGUGGAUACUCACUGCCAGCCUCUACGAAUAUCUCAGGUUGGUAUGUGAAUCCAGACAGACACAGAGACACACAGACACAAAAAGAGAGAGAGAGAGAGAGAGAAGACAGGCUAUGUGCACACUGCCCACAAAAUGAGGUGAAAACUGAGCUGCACUUCCUAUUCUCCUGCCAAAUGUAUCACCAUAUUAGAGACACAUAUUUCCCUCAGAUUACAGAGAUCCACAAAGAAUUAGAAAACAAACCCAAUUUUGAUAAACUCCCUUAUCUACUGGGUGAAAUACCCCAGUGUGCCAUCACAUAAGCAAUAUUUGUGACCUUUUGCCACAAGAAAAGGGCAAUCAGUGAAGAACAAACACCAUUGUAAAUACAACCCAUAUUUACGUUUAUUUAUUUUCCCAUUUGUACUUUAACUAUUUGCACAUUGUUACAACACUGUAUAUAUACAUAAUAUGACAUUUGAAAUGUCUUUAUUCUUUUGGAUCUUCUGAGUGUAAUGUUUACUGUUCAUAGUGAUUGUUAAUUUCACUUUUGUUUCCUAUCUACUUAACCCAUGCCAAUAAAGCCCUUACAUUGAACUGAGGUAGAGAUACUCACUGCCAGCCUCCAUGAACAUCUCAGGUCUGUAGGUGAAUCCAGAGUCGUGUUCCAGAGGGUUACCACAGCUGGCAUGUUCCCCGGGACGCUGCAGGUUGAUCACCGUACGAAGGCCACACCUGGAGGAGCAGCGGGAGGGGACAUGUUACCAGCUAUCAGCACCACAAAUAGGCCUGCCUACACGUCACACCUGAGACCACCAGGAGACUACUAG